AUGGCAAAAAUUAAGCUGACGGCAGAGAAAAAAAGUCAUCGAAGUGCAGUUUUUGAACUCUAUGAAAAUGGUAGCAGCAGAAAGACUGUGAGAAAUCAGAUAUACAGCAUCUGAAGCAGUUGCAAAUGAAGAAUGUGUGGUUUCAAGCUUCACUUUCUGGUAUAAAAAAUUGAAGAGCUUCUGCUUCUCCUUUUGCUUGUGGGAUCAGUGCUCACAGGCAGUUUCCCUUCCUGUUCCACUUUUCAGAGCAUCCUCCAGCAGCAAAAGCUGCAGCUCAAGUAAUGCUCAUCCAAUCCUAGCCAGCAUAUCACAGCAGUAGUGAGUUGAAAUGCUGUCUUCUCAGGGCUUUGGGCUGAGAUUCUACCAAUCAGUUACUAGCCAGCUAUGGCCGCCUUCGUUUGUUUAACGUGGCCAAUGGCAUGAAAGUGCACAUGGAUAUAUAUGUAUAUAUUUAAAGCACAGCCUCUUGUUGCUUUUACUAUCUGCUCUCCUUGACUCCCAUUUUGAUUGAAUGGGCCCUUGAAGCACAGCUGCAGGAUCUCACAAAGGAAAUUCAAAAACCCUUUUCUGGCAGGAGCUUCAUUUUGUUAUACUGACAUGGUAAAAAUACGAAGUUCUAAAUAUAGAGCAGGUUUUGCUGCUCUUAAAAAUCUAGCAUAUUGUUCACAGUAGCAGAAUAUUAUUAUACUGUAUCAGACUGCUUGUUAGAACAGCGUAAUCUGUUCUACCCUGACUGCCAGCAGCUCCUUGGGAGAGAUUUUCUAGAUCUUCUUCUCUCGGAUCCUUCUAACUGAAGAUACCAGGGACCUUCUGAAUGCAAAGUAUAUAGUAUCCUCUACUGAGCUCUGUCCCUUCUCAGUAGCUCAUAGUUUAGUAUCUUCAGGGUUCUCAAACCCCAUCAGGUGAAACUGGCUUAAGACUGAGAUGAAUACUGGUGAUGAUUAAGAGCUCCCAACAGCGGCAUAGCGUGGGUUGUCAGCACCCGGGGCAAGGCAAGUAAUUUGCGGCCCCUAACCCGGGGCAAGGCAAGUAAUUUGCGCCCCCUAACCCGGGGCAAGGCAAGUAAUUUGCGCCCCCUAACCCCUAACCUGCCGCCGCUGCCAGCUUCUUCUUGCUGCUGCCUGGUCUGGUCUGGUGUGGUUCUCUCCCGCGCUCAGCGCUGCGCUGGGCGGCCGCUGCACUGUCCCUCCCCCAGAUAGUCCCUCGCUCUCUCUCCGCACCGCACGCCUGGCACCCACCCCCUCCACAGUGGGCGGCGACCCAGUGGCUCGUAUUCGCACAGCCAGCACUGCAGUGAGAGAAAGAGAGUGAGCCAGGUAGGGGCAGAGAGCUGUGAGUGCGAGCGUCCCCCCCCCCAGAUGUUGCGCCCGGUGCGGCCGGCCCCCCCUGCACCCUCCACGCUAUACCACUGGCUCCCAACAAGGGAAGAACUUGGAUGCAUCAUGGGCUGAACUACUCCUUUGCCUCAGAGGUCCUCAGUUGAAGCAGUUGCCUGGCAACUGCCAACCAGCAAAGACCUGACCCGUUUAUGGACUGAACUUCAUGGUUCACCUGAUCAGUUCCAGUUUUCUCAAAGAUCCACACCAAUGAAGGCCAAGAAUGAAGGCAAACAAAAGGCCAUAUGAACGAACUGGGCACUAUGGUUCUCCCCACCCCUCAUUAGAUCUGCUAACCUUUUGAACUAUUUGAUAUUUGGGAGCCUCUCAGGGCUAUAAAGCAGGAUGUAAGUAACAAACACUUUCAAAAAUGAACAACUGAAUGUUAAACAUAAUCAAAUCACAUCCAUUUCAAGAGAAUUUGCUCAAGAGAAAGGGUUCGAUCAAGCACUUCAGCCUACUUCGAUAGUUCUAUAUAUUUGCCAUGUCAGCCUGUGAUAUUUUUAAAAUCUUGCCCAAGUUGCCCUUCCUUUGAACAUUCUGCAGCUUUGAAGAGACAAUAGAUCCACCACAAAUCACUGUCUAGAAUCACUGGCCACAGAUGUGAAGUAUCUGCAGUAUACACUUUACACGGAAUAUUUAUAAGUAUAAAAUAAAAGUCUGAGGGGGAGAAAGAGAAGGGGGUGGGGAUGACGGCAAACUUUGUUAUAAAUGCAAUAGGCGAUCAAUAGAGAGAGAGAAAGCCAUUGAGCAUUCUCUGCAGAUGGUUCUGAUGAAACAUAAUCUGUGUGAAGAGGCUGCAUUUUUGUUUAGAAGUGCCAGCUGAAUCACCAUAGAAACGCAUGAGGCAAUGACCUUGAAGAUUACAGUGCUACAGAUUACAGCAUUUCUCAAGUGAGCAAGGUGUCAGGCCUCAAUACUUGCUUGGAAACUCCAGCUAUGGUUGUGGGUACAGUGGUACCUCGGGUUAAGUACUUAAUUCGUUCCGGAGGUCUGUACUUAACCUGAAACUGUUCUUAACCCGAAGCACUACUUUAGCUAAUGGGGCCUCUGGCUGCCACCGCACCGCCACAGCACGAUUUCUGUUCUCAUCCUGAAGCAAAGUUCUUAACCCGAGGGAGUAUUUCUGGGUUAGCGGAGUCUGUAACCUGAAGCGUAUGUAACCUGAAGCGUAUGUAACCCGAGGUACCACUGUAUUCUGUAGGAAUAUUCUGUAUUCUGUAGGAAAAGGCUCUCUGAACAUACUGCAAACCACUGGGUGCAGUUCAAUGUCACACUCUUCCAACUGUUCUCUCCGUGAAAGUAUUGCAGCUUGCCAGAUAGAAUGAUACCCCUCUCCUCACCCCACGUGUGGUUCUGAGCGUUCUCCUGACCUACCCACCUGCCGUGAGCCAAUUCCAGGGGGUCAGGGGCACAUGGGGGAGCAGAAGGGAAGAAACCCUGCUGUGCAAGUCCUGAGCAUGGCUUCUGCUGGUAAGGGUAGUUAGGUGAGCCCUGCCCACUGUCUUCCUAUUACUAACCUCCUAUGUGCCUGGCAUUGGAAAACAUCUAGCCAUUGUAAGCUAGGGAUGGGGGACAUUUUUCAGCCCAUUUCUUUAUGGGUAACCUUCUGAGGGCCACAUACUGACAAUGUGUGGGGAGAGGUGGAAAGAGUAAUAUUGGUUGUGACUCUUACUUUGUAUGGUAAAUUAUAUUGUAGCCAUGGAAAAAUCACCUCUCCACCCCGAUGAGGGGAGUUAUCACAAUCUGAGGAUGCUUCAAGCCAGACAAAAAUAUUGCGUCCAGGUGGCAUCUGCAUAAGAGUCCUUGAAGAACUCAAAAGUGAAAUUGUUGAGCUUACAUACAAAAAAGUUCAAUACAUCCCUAAGACCAGCCUUCAUAAGCCAGGGCAACAUUAUUUUUUAAGGGGGAUCCAGGGAAAUUACAGGCCAAUUAGCUUAACAUAAUGGAAAUCAUUAUUAAAGGAACAUAACAUGGAUUUAAAUGAACAAGCUUUACUGAAGAGGAAUCAACAUGGCUUCUGCAAAGGUUAAGUCCUGUCCCACUCAGCGUCAAAAAGCAUGUAAAUGGGGUUAUCUGGGUUUGGACUUUUAAAGAGAUUUGGAACACACACAAAAACAUACAAAAGGUUAAUGUGUAAACUUAGCCGUCAGGGGAUCAGAGCAUUGGUCCUUUACAGAAUAGUAACUGGUUAUAAAGAACAGGGAGCAUAAAGUAGGUGCAAGUGGGUGGAUCCUACAAUGGAGGAAUGUAAGAAGUGCCCCCCCUAAAAUUUGGGGGGAUUGACGUCCCCCCCCCAUUCACAAAAAGUCUUAAAGAGAACCUUGAGAAGCCAAUUUGAUGGUGACACCAAAUUAUUCAGGACAAGCACCCAAAAGGAUUGUUCCAAACUGGGCAAAUGUGCAAGAAAAUGGUAAGUGCAGUUUCAUGUAAGUAUUUGUGGAAUUAUGCACAUUGGGGCAAAAUAACAUUUUUAAACCCUAAAUUCGCAUAUACACCGAUAGGCUCUGAGCUGGCCAUGACUGAAUUGAAAAGUGAUCGUGGGGUCAUGGUGAACAGCUGUAUGAAAAUACAGUGGUACCUCGGGUUAAGUACUUAAUUUGUUCCGGAGGUCCGUUCUUAACCUGAAACUGUUCUUAACCUGAAGCACCACUUUAGCUAAUGGGGCCUCCUGCUGCUGCUGUGCUGCCGGAGCACGAUUUCUGUUCUCAUCCUGAAGCAAAGUUCUUAACCUGAAGCACUAUUUCUGGGUUAGCGGAGUCUGUAACCUGAAGUGUAUGUAACCUGAAGCGUAUGUAACCCGAGGUACCACUGUACCAACUCUUUUGGUGGGAGUUGUGAAAAAUGAAAAUUCAGCGCAAAGGACCAAAAAUAAGGCUACCAAUAGCAUAGUGCCUUCACGCAAAUUUCGAGUGAGAUGAAGGUUACUCACGCUUAAAGCAGACCCACUGAAAUUAAUGGGACUAGCUCCAAGGUUCACAGUUUUGCUCUCAGCAUGACUAAGCCUAGCUCUAACAAAACAGAAAUGAGAAAGAUCGAACAGAUUUUUGCUAAAACGCUGCGGAAACCUUAUUGCAAACAGUUGGGACUGCAGCAGAUAUCUACAGCAACCACGCGAGAGGCCUACGUAGCCUUUCCUCGAAAACGCUCUGCAGGGAGCAAUCGCUUUUCCCCAAGCACUCUUGCUUCUUGCUCAGCCUGCGAACGAGGCUCAAGGAUCACAAGUUCUGCAUUCCACAGCUACUCCGGUUUGCAACUCGCAGGUGCAAAUGGAUGGAUCCCGGCUAAAGCGCACAAAUCAUCAGCUCCUCUCCCGCCCCCUCGUAAAUAGAUCCUCGGGGGAGCCCGGAGAGAAGUUAAGAGGGGAGGGGAGAUUUUCACGGAGCAGCCCAUCAAGCAUCCAAAGCCGGGGUGAAGUCUGAGGGAGGGAAGGCAGGGAAUCUCCUUUGGCACGCCAAGCCUCGCCGGUUUCCCGGAGAUGGAAGCUUUUAGCAAUGAGAGGCGCGAAGCUUCCCCACGCCCUCAUUUAUCCAUCAUUCAUCUAUGGCGGUGGGGGGGGGGUUGCCUUUCCACCCACCCCCAGUAAGAGCUGAAUGCGGUGAUCCGGAGUGGGGGAGGGAGGAAGAGGAGGAGCACGAUGACUUCAUGCAGCCGGAGCGCCGUGAAUUUGGGAUCAGCAGCUGCAGCUGCACGUUGGGGAGGCAAUGACAGCGGGAGCUCCGCCCGGGCGUUUGUCCAAAGCACCCCCGGCGUAAUCUUUUUCCAAAAUAAAAAAGACACCCCCCUCCUUUGCAAAUAAACCACCACCCGCAACAACCUGCAGGGGGCGGAGAGUUGCCCAAAAGCUGAGAAGGUUCAGCCGCAGUGCGAGGGGGGAAAGAGGAGACGAUGCGCUGAAUCGGCCGUCGGGGAGGUGAGUAGAUGUGUAAGAUACAAACACACACCCUUUUCGCCGCCGCCGCCGCUGCCACUUCAGCAAAGGGAGGCGCAACACGUGCGGAACCGACGGUGUGGGCGAGAGAGCCUCGCUUGCUGGGCCGAGCGCCCCGUGGUGGGGGCUGGAGAAGCUGUUGCGGAGAGAUCGGGGAUGCUCCUCUGCUGGCAUCCGAGCGGGGCUCCCCCCGUCCCACGCCCGCCUCUCCGCUGCUGUCGAGUGACAGCGGGGGCCCUAAGCUGCUGAGAAUUGGGGUCGGAGGGGGGACUUUGACUUGGAAGGGUUGCCCGGCCCUCUGGUUUCGGGGGUCCCCCUCCCUCCUCUCCUUAUGUCUUCCAAACAGGCUUGCGCGCAGAGCGAGCCGCCUCCUCGAGGGGCAGCGCUUGUUUUCUCGCCUUCCUAAAAAUAGCCCGGAGUGUUUAGAGGGAGGGAUGAUGGCUGGGGACGGGAGGGGGGGCCGCUGCCUCUCUCCUGCCUCUCCUCGGACCAGGACCGGCGUGACGGCGGCUCCUUUGCUUCCUCUUCUCCUCCCCAGGACGUGCGUAAAGAAGGGGCACCCGUUGGGGUUUGUGGCGCUCCGGCGGGAUGGAAUAAACGACGGACCUACGCGCCAGUGUGGUGGACUGCUAAGGGAUGACGCCUAAACUAUGGGACAUGUGACAGCUCUACUUCAGUUUACUUAAAGGUAGGCCAAAAUAUGAUGGCAGGGGUUGGGGGGUCAGGCAGGUUGGAGGGGCGGGGUGUGUGUGGUCAUUUACUGCUCCUGGGUCCUGGGUACUCCUGCUUCUCCCCACACAGCCCUGGGGCUUAUUGGGAGCUGCUCUUAAAAGGUGCUACCAUGUGUCUUCCCACCCCACCCCCAAACACAAGCAGCCAUUUUAAUGUUAUGCACAUACAGUUACACAGCUGGUAGUUGAGAAAUGUCAGUAACAACAGUGAGGCCCAUGAAGAACUAGUUGUGAUGUGUCAAGAUAUGAACCAGUUCUUGUAACAGAGUCCAAAAAGAGAAGCAAUCUAAUAUUGAGCCUGUUUUGGAUCAUAACCCAAAAUAUAUGCUUUCUGUCCUUUGUGCUACUAACCCUCUUCUGUGUGAGUGUUCAUUUUUUUAAAAAUGGCUUAAAGGAUUAGGUUCUCUGAAGGAUGACAUUUGCUACGUAACACCUAUAUGGACCCUUGAUUUGAAUCUCUCUUCUUCAACCACAGGAAAGGUGUCAGGCAGCAGCCCCCAUAUUUGCUGUUGGAUGCCUUCAGUGUUUCAAGCAUUUGGCUGAAUAAAAACCCACAAACGGGUGGGUUGCGUAGUAAUCUAUCAUUUCCCUCCAGUAAUGGAAAAUCCUUCCUGCCUGAAAUGUGGGUUUUGUGCCAGAAUGUGCAAUGUGUUAUGCCAAUAGUCUGCUGAAUGCCAUGGAAGCAUCCUUUAUGUUUGCUGGAAGCGAAUUCAUAGUGGGCAUUUUGUUCUUUUUAGCAAAUGUGGAAAAGAAGGAAGUGCUUGCUGUGGGCCUUUCCAAGUUCUACCCCCACAUGCUACUAAUUUAAGUGAUAAAUAUAGGUUAAAAUCAACACUACCGCUUGUUCAAGAGAGAGACUGCCAGCCAAGUCAUCUAUCUUGUUUGAUUAAAAUUAGGAAUGAUGCGUAUCAAAGUGGUCGCUGCCUGCAGAAAUGGGCUCAAAGUGUCCCAUCCUCUCCUGUUUAGCAUGGCAAACUUGGACUUUUGAAGGUUUCUGUAUAUAGUAGCAUAGAUGACCUGUUUGAAGACCCAAAUACAUUAUUGCUAUAGUUUGGCAUCUUUUGCUUUCCUUGGUGUACAUUCCAUCUUGUGAGCAACUGAGAAACUGUUUUAAAAUAGAAUCUAUGUUUGACAGGUGUGAAUCUUGGUUAAGAGCCUAAUUGUCCGCAGUUCUUGGAUAUGUACUGCUUCUCAACUAUCAGAAUGAUCUCGGUAUUUAAGUAAUCUUCCCCCCCAAGUAGAUAUUUUCACAGAGGGUUACAUUUAUGAAGCAGUUGAGAAGAACACACAACGCGUUAAGGAGAUAAUUGUGGCUCAUUUAGUAAUCGGUCUACUAAACCACUGAUGACUACUAAAAAUCUAAGGGAGGGGAAUCAACAUUUAGAAUUCUCAGUUAUUUUCUGAUGAGGCUCUUAUGGUUGUAGCUGCUGUGUGACAUGCAGAAAUUACUAGAGCCUCAUCAGGAGGUCACUUUCCCAGAAUAAGGUAACAUCAUUUCAGCUUCCUAGAUAAUUUGGGAAUAUCUUGGUCUUGUGACAGAGGUAAACUUUAAGCUUCACAAUUUCUGGAAUGAGAUUUUAAAAUGUAUCCUUUUCAGACUUUUCUGGUAAUUGACAUACCCUUUUAUUGUGCAGAAGGGACGCGGGUAGCACUGUGGGUUAAACCACUGUGCUUCUUGGGCUUGCCGAUUGGAAGGUUGGUGAUUCGAGGCCCCAUGACAGGGUGAGCUCCCAUUGUUUGGUCCCAGGUUCUGCCAGCCUAGCAGUUCGAAAGCACACAGUGCAAGUAGAUAAAUAGGUACCGCUCCGGCGGGAAGGUAAACAGCGUUUUCGUGCGCUGCUCUGGCUUCGCCAGAAGCAGCUUAGUCAUGCUGGCAACAUGACCCAGAAAAACUGUUUGUGAAAUCGGACAAACGCCAGCUCCCUCAGCCUGUAAAGCGAGAUGAGCGCCACAACCCCAGAGUCAUUCGCGACUGGACUUAAUUGUCAGGGGUCCCUUUACCCUUUACCUUUUAUUAUGCAUGUGCCCCAUUCUAGCUCUGAGCACUUUGGAAGUAUCUUGAUUGUUGAAGGCUGGUUUAGGGAAACUGGCCUUUGAGAUGUUGCCGCACUCUCAGAUUCCGCCAGCACCAGCCAACAUGGCCAUUGAUGAGGGUUUGUGCAAGUUAUAAGUCUCCAGCAUUUCUGAUCCCUGAUUUAAGGACACACUUUAAUGCCCUGUUUUGAGGAAGGUCCUUCAUUCACAUUUUUCAAAUGAUUGCAGUGCCUUAGACCACAAAUGUGUGUGUUUUAAGAAACUUUGGACUCUAAACUCAUUGCAAAUGACCCUAGAAUUUUCAAUAUCCAGUUAGUCAGUGAUGUCAAAUGCAGUGAAGAAUAAGCCAAUUUAAAAAUUAAGAGGAUAGGCCUACAAAAUAGGUAUCCAUUGCUAAAGCAUAGAAGAACUCUGCAUUCAACACAUGUGUGCAGCAGUACACACCUGCAUACCACAUUUCUUAGUUCAUAUUGACACAAAUUCCAUAUGUGUUCAUUCACACCAACAUGUACAGACUCAUUGAACAUGAAAAUCUCUGAAAGAAAUCAUGAAUAUAAUAAACAAAUGAAGCUACGUAUUAUUGGACAACCUUGGAGAACCACUGCCAAUCAGUGUAGACAGCUCUGAGCUAGAUUGACCAUUCUGACUCACACCAGUGAAAUUGGCUAAGAUUUACAAACUGAAGAUUAAGAAAUGCUGGAAAUGUGGAGAGGGGGAUGGUGAGUUCUAUCAUAUGUGGUGGACAUGCAGGAAAGUAAAAGGCUUUUGGGAACUGAUCUACAACGAACUUAAAAAAAAAAUUAAAUAUACUUUUCCCAAAAAGCCUGAAGCUUUCCUGCUAGGAAUAGUUGGCAAGGAAAUCAAAAAAGAGGACAAAAAUCUGUUUCUAUAUGCCACAAUGGCCGCUAGAACUAUGUUAGCCCAAAGCUGGAAAACGGAAUUAAUACCUGCUAUGAAUGACUGGCAGAUUAAGAUGAUAAACUAUGCUGAACUGGCUAGAAUAACAGGAAGACUAAGAGACCAGGAUGACCAGAAGUUUCAUGAAAAAUGGAAUAAAUACCUGACGUAUAUAAGAGACAAGUAUAGAACUUUGAUGACUCUGGCAGGGUUAGAAUAACUCCAACAGUGUUUGGCAAAUAUGUAAAGGAGAUAAAACACGUAACUUUAGAAAUUAUCUGAUACUUACCAAUGAAGUAAAGGGAGGUCCGAGGCUCGGCGGAGCCUAAAUUAACUGUAUACUAUAUAUAUGAUUUUUGUAACAGCUAUGUUAUAUGCAACUUAAGUAAUCUAGACUGUAUAUAUGUAUAAUCAAUGGAAAAUUAAUAAAAAUGUAUAUAUAUAAAAAAAAAAGAUUGACCAUUCUGACUCAAGAUAAGGAAACUUCCUAUGUUCCUCCUUUAUUCUUGGAUCACCUUGAGGAGAUCCUUUAUCUUUCUUUAGACCCUUAGGACCGCAAUUCCAGUUCUUCACCAUUCAUUGUGCUUAUUCCUUGGAAUUGCAUUUAGAUAUUGUAGUUCUGCAGCCAGACACGGAAUAGUGAAGGAGCAUUAACUGCUUUGUACAUUCUCCUAUAUAGAAGCCAUCUUGUUUAGCCCAAGUAAAUCUUGGUGAUGGCUUGUGGGUAUGUAGAUGAACCACAUGUUGUUGGCAUCCACAUGUUGUUGUUCCAUUGAGAGACAGUGGAGUGUGCCUCCAGGGGUGAAGUCAAACCACUGUGUUAGCAGCACUGAUGUGACCUCUCCAGGGCACAAGCCUGGGCAGUGUGUAUGGAGGUCCUGGGCUGCUCAGACAAUAAGACCCCCCUCUUGGCCUCAAUGAUGUGGUCCUAAGGAAAGCAGAGCAAUACAUUUGGCACCAGCUUGACUGCAGGAGUUGCCAGAAGAUGGCAUACGAGGUGCCAUCAAAUUGUAGGGACUCCACUCCCAUUUCCUCCUUAGCCUUCUCCUGAAGAUAUUCCGCAAGGCAGGGGAAGUUUAGAAUCAGAGUUUUCCUGCUCCUAGAAGGGCUAACUUCCCAUGUUAAUGAUCUCCAUCUGACCCUCAUUUCCCUCUACAGCACAUGCAGAAACUGCCUCCUUGACCAUUGGACCUACUGUUGGUCUUACCCGCUCAAUCCACCAGAGCCUGUCUUCUCAUGCAGGGGAUGUCCUUAACUCACCAAGAGAGACCCAUCAACCACCCUAACCUGCUUCAGUCAGCCAGUCAAAGCUGUCUUGGUAGUACUAUUUAUGUCCCCAGCAGUGGCCAGGGGGAAAUGGAGUGUGUCAGGCGAAGCCAUGAUCUACAGGAUUCCCCCCUACAUCAUGGCCUUGAAAAAGAUCCAAAACUAUAUCCAUCCUGGGGCUGUCAUAUUAAUUUUCCUUCCAUUUGGAAUGGGGGCAGGAAGGGAAAGAAAAAGUUGCCCUCAGCUGGUCUAAAGGUAAAAGGACCCCUGACCAUUAAGUCCAAUCGCGAACGACUCUGGGGUUGCUGCACCCAUCUUGUUUUACUGGCCAAGGGAACCGGCGUUUGUCCACAGACAGCUUCUGGGUCAUGUGGCCAGCAUGACUAAGCUGCUUCUGGCGAACCAGAGCAGCACAUGGAAACGCCGUUUACCUUCCUGCCGCAGUGGUACCUAUUUAUCUACUUGCACUUUGCCAUGCUUUCAAACUGCUAGGUUGACAGGAGGUGGGACUGAACAAUGGGAGCUCACCCUGUCGCGGGGAUUCGAACCGCCGACCUUCUGAUCGGCAAGCCCUAGGCUCUGUGGUUUAGACCACAGCGCCACCUACAUCCCCAUUCAGCUGGUCUACAGCUAGCCAAAAAUAGUCUUGCUAGAGUAGGAGAUGGACUGGAACUAUGGGAGGUCCUUUCUUUUCUUCUUCUGUGGUAGGCUAACUCAGCUGUUUUAGCAGCAGUCUAUGGUGGUUUUGCUGCUGUCUUUAAGCAAGGCUUGUCCUGAUUUUCGUUCUGCAUGAAAUAAUGAUUUACCUCAGCCACCUAUAGGUUGGUAUCUUGCAUUGUGCUCAUGGAGCUUCAGCUUAGCAAUAGCCUUUACCAUCAGUGGUGUUUUCUGCACCAUCAUUCCUUCUGUAUCACUGCUUGGGCAACUGGCCUUGUGAGUCUAUUUCUUCAGCUUGCUGGGUUCUGGAAUGAGCAGAACAGGAAAAGUGUUGUACUUUCAGUAGCUGUGCGGAAGAGGAUUUUGGCUGGUGUAAUCUGGCAUUGUCAUGCAGUUUUUGACAGGGUGCUUAGACUUGCACCUCCUGAAAUCGCUUCUUCUAUGAACUGUUAGAAGUAAGCAAUCCUGGUGAUCCAUUGCAACUGAUUCAAUCCUACUGGUUUGGCAUUGCAAGCUUGAGAAUGCCUACAGAGUUGCCAUCGGGGCUGUUGUGCCUUUAAGUGGCAUGGCAGCCAGAACUGGGAAUGAGACAUGCCAGCAAAAGCUGCAUCUGUUGGAUUUGCUGCCUGCUCUGCAGCUAUUACAGAAGCGCCACCAGACAAAAAAGCAGCAACGUUAGCAGUAAGUUAUUCAUUGUGGUCUGUCUUGAGAGAGCAAAUGUUGCUGUGGCUUUUAUGGCAAGCUGUUUGUUGGUAGAGCUGAUACCAACAUGAAAUGGUUUAUCUCCAUCUGUUGUCUGCCUUUCAACAUGGAAACUAAUUUAUUGGGCAGAGCGGCCAAGAUUCAUAUGAAAGUUGAGGAGGAAUCCACUGAAGCCUUUGCUGUGCUUACCCGUAAACUGUAUUGAUUGGUUGUAAAGGAGGAUGAAGGUACACCUCAGAAUAGUUAAGCUACACACGUUUGCCUAGGGAUUGACAUGUAGGGGUAUAUAGCUUUUAAUGGCAUAACCACUUGAGAGGAAAGUUAACUGGCUUUUGCCUUCCCCACCCAUCCCAAUUCAGGGUGAAAUUCUUCUGCCUUGGAAUACUGCUUCCAUGGCUGCAUUUUAUUUUUUUUAAAAAGGAAAAGAUAAAACUGUGUGAGUUAUGUAGCUUAGCCCCAAAGAAAUGGGUCUCUCUAAAGAGAUGAGCUGAAAGGAAGAAUUGGGGGGAGUGGGGUGCUGAUUUAAUUCUGUUCUCAUAAAAAUGCUCCCACAACCUGACAUGCCUCAGAGGGUAGAGUUGUCUUUUGGAAGCAGAUGUUAGCGUGGGAGGCAAUUACAGCCGAUAUGGAGAAGCUACUUCACACAGUGAGGAGGAGAAAAAUAUAGAGGUGUUUGUGGGAGGACAAAGAGGCAAAGUCAUCUUGCAUGGAAAGAAAGAGGCAUUAAUUAGUGCGGGAAGAUAGCAACAUAAGUCUUCAGCUACUCUUGCAUGUCUGCCUAUGUUAAAUGUUAAAGCUAUUCCAGACAGAGGCUGUACCCUUUGUUUUCUUCUUCCCUGUGCUGUAAUGCAUUUAUCGCCCAUUUACCCGUUACCCACCUUCCCUCCAUUUAGGCAAAUGGGACUUGGUGGACAGCUUUUCCUUACCCUGCCCCAUUUUUGUGGGGCCAGGGAGAGAAGGUUAGAGCUGGGAAGCACAUUUGGUGCACUCCUUUGUGACUUGGCUGCUUCCAUCAAGAAGUGAGUGUGCCCAGCUAAAAAGAACACCAGGCUAAGGUACCUGCUUAGUGCUCGUGAACUGGAAGAUGUGAACCAUGAAUUGCAAGUGAGCUUUGAGUGGUUGUCCUGCAAGUCUCUGCAUCAAUAUACAUGACAUAGUGCAGGAUCCUGAUUUCUUUUCCUUUCUCUCCAAUGCUUUAUCUUUCUAUGGAAAACGUUCUGUUUCCUAAGUUCAUAUUGGAAACGAUGAAUGAAUGCCAAUUGCCAAUAAUAUUAAGUGAGCUUGGUAGUUUCAGUGUUUUAAGCUUUAUUAAAUGCAAGUAAAAUAGACAUGCUAAAUUAGGUAACAGUCUAGGGUACCAGAAUUCGUUUUGAUUUAGACUGAAAAAUUUCCACUGCAAAUUCCCCUGUAAUAUACCAGGAAAAGACUCCCAAUUUAAAAUAUAUCUAUCUAUCUAUAUAUGAUGCUGAUAUGUAUGUGUAUAAGCGCUGAGGUUAUGUCACAUUGGUAGUGAAAGAAAGCAAGGAGUGUAUCAAACUCUUUUUCAUAUAUUUCUUGCAUAUCACGUUGCUGAACUUACAGCUACAGAGACUUUGGGGAGAUGGAGUUUCUCCAGCCAUAGCUGCUGGUUCCCUCUACAUAGCAUAGGCAUAUCUUGAAAGGACUUCACAAAUCUUUGUGCAGUGUUUUGAGGGCUGCAGAUUUUAGGGUGCCUUCCUCUCUUGCUACUGCACCUGAAACUAUUGUUCUAACUUCUAUAAUUCAGCAUCUUGUUCUAAGAGCCCCAUAUUUGGGGAGCUGAAACAUACAGUACUUGGCUCCCAAUAGUACAUGCUUUUUGUAACCAUGAUCCUUGUGAUACUCUGCUCAAAACAGCUUUUAAUGAACCUAAGUACAAGUUAUUGACUUAGCUCUGCUGAAUAUUAUCCACUUGUUAAUCUAUGGUGCUUGUUUUAAAAGGAAUCUAAAAAAGCAGAGGUCUGUAUUGAUCCGUUUUUGUCAUCUUUCCCCCUCCCUCAAUUUACAGUUGUCCUUGUACUAACCUUGAACAUAACAGUGAGUUUUAAAACAUACAUUACAGUUUCAGAUUGAUGAUUUAAGCCAUGCAUCUCCUCAUUUUGUAUGGCUAAAUAGAAUGGGUGAUUGAAUAAUACUUCCUUCUCUUUCCCUCCCCACUACCACGCUGUUCACAUAUUCUGCAUAUUUAAUUUUAUUUUCUGCUGAGCAAAACACAUUGCUGCAAUACUCUUCCUUUUUUCUUUUUGUUGUGUAGGAUGGCGUAAGUAGGUGCUGAUGUUGACACAGCAUUUUGUGCAGUCAAAGAGCUGUUUGUGUUUGCUAGAGAAAAGAAAGUAAUGUUUCACAACAAUGGAGAUGGGAAGGGGCCUGUACUGGAUAUCACUUAAUGAGGAUUCUAGCCUAACCAAGGCAUGUCUACUCUAAAGUAAGCCCCCAGUUUAGCUUGCUUCUGAGUAGACAUGAAUAGGGUUGUACUGUUCAUUACAUUUUUGUGCAUGCAAGUUUGGAACCACCUAGGGUAAAAAAAGAAGGAGUGAAUUUGCCACUAAUGGUGAUUCUCAUGCAUUCUGCUGAUUGGAAGUACAAGAUUGUAUUCAAUAGCGAUAGAGGAGAGAGCAAGGGGUUUCAGAUUGAUAAACACAGAAUCAAUAUGGUUUUACAUUAACAGCAGGCUUUUGUUCCUCUAAAGAUAGGUGCUUAGAUCUGAUCUAACUGCCGAAGCCCUUAGCAACCUUAGUUCCAGGUGUUCAAUGAUUGGUUAUGGUUCCUGUGGAAUUUUUGGAAUUCACUGCUGUCAAGAUAUGCCAGUUAUCUCUAGUUUAGAAGACUUUAAAAGAGGAUUACAAAUUCACGAAGAAUAAGUAUUGUCAAUGGUGCCAGUCAUGAUGAUUUUAUGAGUCAUCCCUGUUUGGAGGCAACAUGUCUCUGAGAAUCAGUUGCUGAGGUGUGUCAGAGGGAGUGGGCUGUUGUCUUGAUGCCCCACUUACCGACUUCCCAGAGGAAUCUGGCUGGCCACAGUGGGAGAUGCGAUGCAAAAACUAAACAGACCACUGGGCACAUCCAGCAGAGUUCAUCCUAUGUUCUCUUGCUGGGGGUCUUUCCUAGAGAUGUGGAGAUCCAGGAGGAAAAACCUGGAAAAAUGAUAGGAAAUUGGUUUCUCUCCCCACCACCCAACUUUUCCAGUUUUUUUUUUCUGGGCCUUGAUAUCACUAGCUAUGCCACAUCUAUCUUUUUUUUAUAAAAAAAAGUUCACAUCUAAAAUGAAUAUGACAAAGUUACUGAAAAUAAGCUGAGCACUCAUCCAAGACCAGAGGCUGUGGCUGACUAUUGGAUAUAGGCCUGCUGCGGCGUAAUAUGUGAAAUGGUCCUUAGUGCCAAGGUAUCAUCAUGCAGAACACCAGCCAUUGGCAGACUUGAAGGUUGCAGGUUCUAAUUCAUUUUUUUACACGGCUCCAAAUUCAAAAUAGUCACUUGGGGUGGCUGGAGCAAGAUUCACACUGGGUGUGUGUGUGCGGGUUUCAGUGGGUGGAGCUAAGUAUCCAUGGCACUCCAUGAGCUGGGUGGGCAGACUGCAGGUUUGGAAGACCUGCUUUGUUUUUUACUAGAACUCGGAGUCUUACCAACCAGAACCAAACAGUUGCUCAGAUGGGAAGCUAGGAACUAAGGAACCAGGUGUCUCUGAGUUCAGGCUCUGUCCAGGAGUUUGUGAUCAGUACCAGCACCAAGCUCAUAAUUCCUGCCACACAAAAAUCCAUUUAUGGUUUUCCGGUGGGCAAGCUCUGUGUGUGUUGCCUUCUAUUUGUUAGAAAUGUGAGAGUCAGAAAUCCUUGCUGAUCUUCUGCAAACGACUUGGAGACCUAUUGGUAGACCCCAGUCUACCAUCUUCCCACCCUUGCCAUGAGUCAUAGCUGUAGCUGAGUAACUGAAGAUCAGGGAUUUUAAUUGGCUUAUUAAGAGGAGGGGCCCUUUUAGUUGUUGCUAUUGAUCAGGAAAUCUUUCUAAUCUACUGCAGAUUACCCAGCAGAAAACCCUGGUUUUUUUCCAGCCCUGCUGUACACUACUAUCCUGAAAAAAAUUGCAUCAUUAUCUCCAACAUGUAUUGCAGAUUGUGCCCUGAAAUUUACUGUGUGUUCGGCCCAGGAAAGUUCAUUCUCAAAUUAAGGUCUCUGAAAGUCAAGGGAAGGCUCUGAUUAAUCUCUAGCAAUUCAAAAGACUGUAUUCAAAUAGGCGAGAUUUUAAAGAGAGUCUUAUUUUAUAUGGGGACUUUGUAUUGUUCUGGAGCUUUGCAUCAUGAGUGGUGUGCUUAAAUUGAGACCAGAGUGCGCUGGAGGCAAAACUGGGUUUGGAUAUUAAGCACGCACUUGUGGUUAGAUGUGGAUUUCGUUUGGGUUGGAAGCCCUCUGGUUGUAUCCAAGCAACUCUGCUGGAGCUGAAGGGCUUGUUGCGUAGGAAAGAGCAAAAAUCUAUUCUGUGCUGCUCCAGAGGUCAGGACUAUAUGUCAAGGGCUCAAGGUACAGGAUGGUAGAUUUCAGUUGAACAUGAAGGGGAAAUGUCUUAAGGGUAAGAGGAGUUUGAACAUGGAGACAGUUGCCUAGCAGGAGAUGAUAUUCCCUCUCUCACUAGCAAGAUCCAGACAGAGGCUUCACAGACAUCUAUUGGGAUGCCCUUGCUCUGGAUUUCCUACAUUGAACAGGAGGCUGAAUUAGAUGGCUUACAAGUCUUCCCCACACACUGCCCUUAGAGCUUGCAGCUAGUAUUAUGUGGCCAACAUUAUCCUGAUUUUUAAUAAUGGUCACAACUCUUCAUUUCUACUAGAGUGGUUCCAUUUCAGAAAGCCAUGUGACUUUUAUUAGAUUCUGCUCCUUGUUUAGAGUACAGCUGUUUUCUUUGAACACAAAGAAUAUGUGAAAAUAAUUAUGUAUGUGUAUAUAUUAUUGCUGAGUAUCCUUGAAAUGCAUCCAAAUUGAAUAGAAGAUGGGAAAUAUAAGACAUUUGCAAAAUAUUGACACUUGAAGGGGAAAAAUUGUCGGCUACACUAUAAUACUUGUAAAAUCAAUCCUAAAGCUCAGAUCUAUGGUGCUGCUGGAAAAGACGGAAAAGAAAGGGCAAAGUCUCCCUCCUCUGAGCCCUUAUCCCCCUGUGGAACCAACCAUAAGUGUGGUUAGUUGAGAAACUGCUGCCAGCAGCGUUCCUACUGGUAGUGAUAAGGAUAGGUCGUUGUAAUAGCACCAUACAUGGGUCAACUGAACCCAAAGCUGCUUGUUAACUUUGUCACUCCAGUGUUCACUGGCUGGGAUUAAGAUUACUCUGAUGUUAGAUUAAUAAUUUUUUAAUGCCAUGAUGCAUGACCAAAACAUUAUUUAGGAUUUUCUCUAAAUUAAAUAACAUUGAAGCUGUGUUCAACACCUGACAUUAACCUAUUGCAGGGGCCACCAGCCUUUUUUGGACCAGUGGGCACAUUUCAGAUUUUGAGAACAUUGUAGGUACCAGUCACACACACACAAGCUGUCAUUUGGAGCAUGCCAUAGCGCAACAGGGCUACCGCAGGGGGUGGGGCAUAGCAUGACACAGAAUUACAGACAAUACAGUCAUUGCUGCUUCUCUUCCCACCCUACCCCCCAGAACAACCUCAUGCUUACCGUAGGAAGUCAGUGAUGUCCUGCUGGUCCUGACUGUGCAGAUAUAACUGCUAAAGGCAGUGCCAACCCUAAACCCAAAGCCUGGGAGACAUUCCUAAGACUGUUUGCAAAAUUUUAGCACUCUGCCUUUGCUGUUUAGAGAGGGGAUUCUUUAACAUCCACCUGCACUUACGUAUUAGUAUUAAGUAUUAGUAUUUGCGGAAAUUAGCUUCCUAGGGAGUACUUGAUCUCUGACAAGCCCACCACAGGAAAGAUGCAUCCUGGUUGCUAGGAAAAAAGGAAGGGCAAGCUAUGGGUAUUCCAAUGGUUACUAGAAAAUAAGAGAGAAGCAGGAGAAGUGCACUAAAGGAAAGGGGGAAAUACAAACUGUUUAGGACUCCAGGGAUUCCUAUUGCCUGGUUUCCAAGCAACUGGGUCGUCAGUGACAGCUCUGACUUCACUCAUUCGCUAAAAACACUGAAAGGCGUGAGCAGUCGGGCUGCAUCAUUUCACAGAAAUUGCUUAGAAGGGUACCUGUACAUUUUGCUUCCUAACGUUAUUUCUAGGAGGGCUAGGGACUUGCUUUUAUAUAUAUAUACAGUAUAUAAAACAACGAAAGCUCAGAGUCUGGACCCGUGCCUGGGAGCACCAAUGAAAGACUUGGGCGUCAAGUUGGUAACUCCAGCCUAUAAUAAAAAAGCUGCUGAUGACAUUUGUUAUGGUUGCAAGGUGCAACAUGACAUUGCAUUCUCCUGGUUUGUAAACGUUCAAAAUUUAUUGAUUCCUCAGUCAAGCAUCUUUUGCUGUGAUGCCUUGUUGUACUCUUUUUGGCGCCUCCUAAAAGUGCUCUUGUUUAGGCUAGCCUACCCAGACAUGUGAGGGCGCGGGUGGCGCUGAGCCUAGGGCUUGCCGAUCGGAAGGUUGGCAGUUCGAAUCCCCGUGACAGGGUGAGCUCCCGUUGUUCAGUGCCUGCUCCUGCCAACGUAGGACUUCGAAAGCACGUCAAAGUGCAAGUAGAUGAAUAGGUACCAUUCCGGCAGGAAGGUAAAUGAUGUUUCCGUGCACUGCUCUGCUUUCUCCAGAAGCGGCUUAGUCAUGCUGGCCACAUGACCCGGAAAAACUGUCUGUGGACAAACGGCGGCUCCCUCGGCCAGUAAAGCGAGAUGAAUGCCGCAACCCCAGAGUCGUUUGCAACUGGACUUAACUGUCAGGGGUCCUUUACCUUUACCCAGACAUGUAAAGUUGACAUAUAUUUUAAUCUGCAGUUUUAGCAUAUGGUUUUUACUUACGUUGUAUUGUAGUGAUACUGUCGUCUAGAGUUUCCCCUCUCUGUCACUGCAGGGUGUUUCUAUCGUCCCUUCCAAGGUUUUUAAAGCUCUUGAGAUUCCCAAGGUUGCAGUUCUGUGCACAGUGGAGGAUAUUUAUUUCCUGCCAUGGUUUGGUAAAGAUGCAAUCCACUAAAGCUUCAAGAGCUAAUUUUAAUUUAUCUAGACUGGUUGUUCUCUCUAGGGGGAGCUUCGUGCAGAAGGAAAUGCUGAAUAUGAUUGACUUGCGUGCAUACGGUUUCCACUGCUGCUGCUGCUAUGAGUCUUGCUGAGGGUGGGAUGGAAAGGUUCUAUUGAGGCUGUCAUGUUUAUCGAUGGCCUGUCUGCAAUUCCACUUAAAUAACUUAAGUCUAGUCGUGCUAAAAUAAAUGACAGGCGGACUAUACCCCAAGUUUUCAAUUGUUUGUGAUGACCAUGUCCGAUUACUGAACGAACUCCACUGGUUGAGCAGGAAUAAUUCUCUGACUUUACACACUUAACACUUGAUCCAAUAAUGUUAUAGACAUUCUAAUUAGACAAACCACUCUUGGUAGACGAUGAAAUGCAUCAAUAUUAGUUGUCACCGUGUCAAUUCUAUUUAUAGAGAACAUUUAUGGUUCAUCUUAUUCACAGUAAUAUCAGUCACCAGCUUUUGUCGCUUGUAACACCUUUUUCUUCUAAGGAGUAAUGGGCUUCAAAUCCUGGAAAGGAGCAAACCCUAGUUAGUGUUUACCUGUGAUUAACUUUGGUGUGGUCAUUCCAAAUAGAUGAGUCAAGCUGAAGCGGACAGAGAAGAGGGAAUGUGAUCCUUCAAGCCAUGUCUACUGGUCCUGUGGUGUAGCAUCUGUACAAGCCAAUAGAAGUGGAGGUCAGAGGCAUAAAAGGGACCUUUGAGAAUACUAAGAACACAAGAAGAGCCUGAUGGAGCAGGCCAAUGGCCCAUCUAGUCCAGCAUCCUGUUCUCACAGUGGCCAACCAGAUGCCUAAAGUGAAGCCCACAAAGCAGGACCAGAGUGCAACAGCACUUUGCCCACUUGUGAUUCCUAGCAACUAAUACUCAGCUCAUGAAUCUCUUAAAGCCAUCCAAAUUGGUGGUCGUCACCACUUAUUGGGGCAGCAAAUUCCUUUAACUAAGCAUUGUUGAUGUUAUGUACUGAAGUUCUCACCCUGGGCCAGCAGGGGGAUACUGUAGAUAGUUUUCACUCAGGUCCACAUAUGCAAAUAAGGGAUUGAAAGUGACAUUAAGUGAUUGGAUAGUUACAGAAAAUGGUUACUGUUGCGUUCUAGUGGAGCUCUAUAUAAGCAGGCUGGCUGAACCCUUCAGUUCAGUUCUGUUCUGGCCUGUGAAUAAACAAGAGCUGUUUGAAGAAUCGCUGUGUCGUCUGAUAUGUUCACCCACGACUUAACAGUUGAAUCCUCCUAUCAAAAUGGCUGCUUAGUGGAAAGGUUGGCUCUGAUAAGAGAACUCAUCCCCUUAUCCCAACCAUGAGCCUAUGAUAAGGAAUUUGUAUAACCCAAGUGUACACGUCUUCCUGUCUCAUGACUGUAUAUGCCGUCAAGUAGCUGUACACUACAGUCAUACCUCGGGUUGCAAACGCUGUGGGUUGCGGGUUUUCAGGUUGAGGACCAUGCCGAACCCGGAAGUACUGGAAUGGGCUACUUCCGGAUUUCAGUGAUCGCGCAUGCACAGAAGUACAAAAUGACGUCAUGCGCAGAAGCGCCGAAUUGUAUCACACACGUUCGCAGACACGGCGCUGUGGGUUGCGAACACUGUGGGUUGCAAACGUGCCUCCCGCAUGGAUCACGUUCGCAACCCGAGGUAUGACUGUAUUGCCGAAACAUGGUUCUACCAAAGCCACGCUGCUGUUUUCUCGGUAAGGCUUGUUCUUCUAUAUUCUACCGCAUAACAAGUAUGCAACAAAAUGCUUCAAUUGAGAAAUCUGUCUUUUCUUUUUGGUAAUGGGGAGUUUCCCCUCACCCCUUUCUGGCCUUGUGUGGUGCACUUGCUAGAUGAGAGUGGAUGAGGGAAAGCUUGGCAACAGUCAAACAGAAAAUAGAGCGACACUCAUUAAAUCAUAGAAGAAUUAGAGCAUGUAGAAAUUUCAGUCUCUCUUUGGAAGAAAAAGUGGGUUGAGAGUACACAUGGAAAAAAGAUUGAAUGAACAACAAGCUUCGGCUCAGAAUUUUAAGUAACCUCCCUUUGUAAUAGUUUCUACAGGCGAGUUCUAGUGCUGGAAGUGCUUGGAUGGUCAAACAGAAUAACAGUAGAAAAUUCCAACAAGAAUAUAGUGCUCUCGUAUUCUGCCUCAUGCUUCACAGUGACCUGUCAAAGAAAUAUGUUGUUCAUUGUUGAUAACUGUUGUCUGUGUGGGCAUGUAGGAUGUGAAAGCAACACGAAUUACAUGGGGAGGGGCAGUGUUAUAUUCUCAACACAUGCUACAUUACAAAGCUACAUGGCAUGAUCAAGGGCGUGAAUUAUGCAGUAUCAUAAUGUGGUGUUAAUGUUAAGCAAUGCAAUAGCAAGAGGGCAUGAAAGAGCUGCUGGUGACAAAUGCAAGAAAUGAGCUGGCAGUGUCAGGUCUGGCAGGCACAAUGGAUGGGGCUGAUGGGGCGCAUUUGGCUUGAAUGGUCACAAAUGCAGGUUCAAUUAUUUGAAGGGAGAAUGGGCGACCUACUCACUGUUAGGCAACACUGUAUUUAGAAAUACUUUAGCUGAAGAUAAACUGCAAUCAUUUGUCUUCCACUAUUUGUAUUGUAGGCACUUAUUUUAUGUCAUAACGUUUUGUUUUUAUCUUGGAAGAUCCCAGAGCCUUUACAAAUGUUUCAGCUUUGGCACUUCCAUUUCUGAGAUGAAAGGCAACCAGUCUUUAGCACUGAGUUGAAACAAGCAACAAUCAGGUUUCUGCAGAUUGCCAUUUGUUCUGAUUUAUCAAUAAAGAGAGUGUUUUCUGGGGGAAAGCGGGGCAAAGGCAAAACUGCUUGGACCCAUGGCCUAGAAAGCAUGGGGCAAGCGGAAAACCACACAGACUCAUGCUUUCUAGGCAAAGGGCAAGUGGAAGUGUGUAUGAGCCCUCUAGAAAAAAAUUCAUUUUAAGAUUAGGUGUGGGGAGGGAGACAGUAUUUCCCGCAUGUCAUAAGUAUGUCCUGCCUCAGUCCUAAGUGACGUUGGGGAGUAAGAUUCAUUUGCAUUGUUUUCUAAUUUCCAUAUUGUUUUUUUAGGUCUGUGGCCCUCAUAACUCAUCUGAACUCUGCCCAUAUUGGAGAGAACACCAACCCUUUGGUCACAAUCCCUUUUUUUGAAAGUUCCCUAUUUUAAAGAUAAUACUGUUCUGGAAACAUUUCCUCUGGGCAAGGAAUUCCCAUUUGUUCACCCAUAGUGCUUCAGAGGCAUUAUAGUGGUAUGACCACUUUAUUCUUGUGAGUCUUCUGGUGUACCUGACUAAAUUCAACCCAUGAUGAUGCUCAUAAAGGGAAAGUCACAUAUUUAAUCUUAUGUCCAAUCUGGCCUGAAUGCCACAUUUAUCUAUAGCUCUCCUUUUGGAGCAAAUUGUGCCUUCCUGCGAUCCCACUUAAAGGCUGUUAACUAGCCUGUGUGUGCAGCACCAAAAAAUGUGUUACCAUUUCAUUUAAUCAGAAGGGCAAAUCUUCUUCCCAAGCAGAUCAGUUUAAUGCAGAGUUGUAUAGUGUAUAUGUCAUAAAGGAUAAAAAUAGUGCUGUCAUGCAAGUAGUUUUUGAUUUCACAUUUAGCAGCAGUAUAAAAGUAUGACCAGGCCCAAUAUUUAGUCUCGACUGCUCUCUCCUAGAUAUUUGUUGCAUGUAAGGUCAUCUCAGCAGGUUUAUCUAGCUUCUCAUUUGAGGGUCCGAUUUCUGCUUUUUUCAGUCUUUUUUGAGAGAGGGCAGUAAAACAGACUAAAAAUAAUAUGGAUAUUAGAGUUUUUGCUGCCGGAACCUGUUCCAAUGUACUGUAUUGUGUAACUCUUGAGUCAGCAUUCGGGACCAGGUUCAGUAUCUAGAGGAUAUUCUUAUAUUACAUUCUGGGACUCCAGUUUGAAUGUCUAUGAGUAGCAGCCUUCCCACAAUACACACCCACUCAUAAACCAUGUGCAAGCAGUGUUGUUUAUUCAGCUAACAGUGGAUCACCAAGAGAUCAACAAUACAGGCAGCAGCACUCAUGGCAAGAGAGAACUUCAGCAGGUGGCACUGGGGUCCAUUGACAGCAGGGUAACUUUAAUCAUCUUUGUCAGGGAACUGCCAUCAGUGCCGGAGGAAGAGAGCAAAAUCCAGAGGGAUUCCGGAGAGCGUCCCGGGAGUGGGAGAAGCAGCCCAUCUUCUGGGGAAGAGAAUCAGCGUAGCACCAGUGGAGAAGGGGGGCAGAUGGGGGAAGCGGCGAGGCGGUCCCAUGACUCCUUGCCGGGGACCAGCGGGGAGAGUAGAGGUCCUCCGCUGCCUACGCCCUCCUUGCGCAGAAGGCUUUCGCGCAGAGAGAGUAGGAGGAGACUAGGCGUCAAAGAGCUUCUUUGCUGGAAGAAGUUUAAGAAACGCCCACUGACGGAUUCUGCCAGCGAUUGAGACAGCCACGGGUGAGUGGCUGUCCGGACAGGAAAGGUUCACUCAGGCAACCCAGCCAGGUGUUUGCACCGGCUUACGCACGAGCAACCCCUAGAACCACUACAAUCUUCUUCUCAUCAGUUCAUCAGUCAUCUUCACAGGAAAUACAAGCUGGGUAUGGGGGAGCAGGCAGCCAACCCUUAUGCACAGUGCUGGUCUUUAAGACAGCAUAGCUUCUUCCUGGAAAGAAAUGGUGUGUAGGGCUUGGAUCUAUGCAAGUCUCCAGCUGUUAAACUCAAGAUCUGUUUUUCCUUUGGCUACAUUCCAUAUGCCAGCUUCCCUACAGCCUGUGUUUGUGUUUUUAGAAGACCUUGUUCACCACAAGUGAUCUUUAAAGUAGAGUGAUAAGUACUGGCAACUUGAGAUGCCCAAGUCUAGCUAGUAUGGACUUCCCUAGCCUUUUUCUUUUUUCUAUUGCCAUCGUCCAUUUUUAAUGAUGUGUCAAAGGAAUUUCACUGGGAUGCAGGGAGAUUUUAUUUGAUUGAAAUGUUAGUUUUAUUCGUGUUACCUCAGUAACAAAUUUUGAUCAGUUUCCAGCUGAUGCUACAAUCUCUAUGCUGUGAAAGCACACACCAUUACUGUACUGAAGCCAAGCAGAUCUGGCUCUUUUCGGUCCUCAAAUGGGAGACCAGCUGAGCUGAGCAGCCUGAGUUCCAUCGUGUAAAAAAGGCUGGGUAUAAGUGUAAUAAAUGGUGGUUUGGAUCCUAACUAGACACCUGCAGGCAGAAGGGCUCCUUCUAUACAUGGAUGGGAUUCAGAUCCAGUGGAGUUUCACAUUAGGGAGAGGCCGUUUCUGCCGAUCCUUCCACUGUCUUCCAAUGCUGUUCUAGACGGGGCCAUACCUUCCAGAGCAGAUUGUCAGGAGUAAAAGGGCCAUCAGAGGGAAGGGGGAAUAGGUGAAAAUUCCCUCUCCCUCUCUUUUGCCAGUGGAAAUAUCCCAAGAGCAGAACCGCAUUCAGGGGAAGGUUGUGCAAAGGUUGAGAAAGCAACCAGCCUUAACUUUAGGGCAUACUGGCAGAGCAGGACUUUCUCUCUGUCCUCUCCCCACCAUGCGCCCCUGCACCCUUCUCAGAUCUGCCCCAGAGGGUCUGGAGAAUCCCUGGGAAAGCGUACAAGGAGAGGGGAGAUCAUUUUGUUGGGCUUGAAGAAACGCUUGCAGUGGAUCGAUCCCCUUAGCGCUACAUUGAACUCAACCCAAUGUAAUUCCAUUAAACUUUGGCCUUUAGUUUUUACAGGAAAGCAGGUGUAAUAUUUGUCCCAUUCCCCCAGCCUGCCUCCCCCCCCCCAUAUAUAUAUAUAUACAGAGAAACAUUCCCACAUCAUGCUGUUCAUGUGAUGUUGAACUCAUGUAAAGCUUAAUGUAUAUCUUUCGGCUUGUACAAACGCCAAUUAAUUCAGCGGUUGGAUUUGCUGCCCUUUAAAAAGUUACGUCUACGUGGGCUUGUUUGUGUCACCCUUUUCCUUUUCUGAAUGGGAGCCACUUCAAACAAAGCUGCUCUUCAAAUAGUUCUGUAGUGAGGAAGUAGCAUGUGUGCCAAGCAAGGUCCCAUUCAGCUGUCAGUAUCUUUCUUGCAAUGGAAAAGCUUUUAUGAUGGGCGUGUGUGUGUGUGUUUUCCCUUCUCCUUUCCUUUUGGUGCAAGACAGAAACGAUAUACUCCAUGAGUAAAUUAAUACAUGAAAUAUACUCUAGAAGUAAAUGUGUGAAAUAUAAUGCACAUGUAAAUUAAUAUGUGGAAUACAGUUAGUAUUGCUCAUAAUUCACCCUAAUGGUUGAUUGCUCUUUGCAGACUGAUUUUUAUGCAUGUUUACUCAAGCGGGUCAGUGUGUUUCAGUGGUUAGAAAGUUCAGCUUGGACCUUGCACAUCAGGGUUCAAAUCUCCACUCAGCCAUGAAGCUCACUGAGUAACCUUGGACCAGUCAGUCUCUCACCUUGACCUACCUUUCAGGGUUGUUGUGAGGAUAGAAUGGGGAGAGGGGAGAACAACGUAAGCCAUCUCGAGCUACUUAGAUGAAAGGUGAGAUAGAAAUGUAAUGAUAAAGUGGGGGGAAAGGUCACACUGAUUUCAGUGGGGCUCUCAGCCAAGAUUUGCAUCCUCUUGUUUGCUUGCUGCUAAAUGGCGUUAUAUGUGCAUCAGAUAUGAAUCAAUAGGCCUGCUUUGGUAGUUCCUGUGAAUACUACAGAGAAUGUUCCUGGAUAUAAUUGUGCUUAAUCACACACUUGACCACACAGCGCUGUGAGAGCUCAGCAGUGUUUGCUGUUGGAAACAUUCAAGUGAAGAGAAAGAAUUGAUUUUCCUGCAGCUUUUGACCGCUACGGCCCUGCCAUACAUUUUUCAGUAGGCUAAUGCAGAAACACAGAAAGGAGCGUAGUUGAGCUGCCUCGGACCACUGGUAUGUCUGGCAUAGUAUUGGCUAGAACUGACUAGAAGUAGCCUUUCAAAGGUUAAGACAUGGGCAACUCCUAAUCCUUCCUACAGAUGCUGCAGAUUGAACCUGGAGACUUUUGCAUGCAAAUCAUGUACCCUGCCACUCAGCUACAGCCCCUUUCUGCAUCACUGCAAUGUGGGACAACAGAAGGGACAGGUGUCUCAGUAUAUCAAGGCAAAUGUUACAAAGUGAGUUCAGUUGCAUUGGAGGUGUAGAUCUGGCAGGCAGCCAUGAUUACGAAGGGCCAAUCACUUGCGGCAGUGCAUGGACGUAUUUGGGUUGCAAAUGAAGCAGCCCCUAACUAUCCUUACUGGGCACAUUCUAACGUCUAUAUAAUAACUGCCAGAUCCUCUUAUAGAUGUAGCAAACAAUCUCCUUCAGUGCUUCAUGCACCUGAUCAAAGUGGAAGUGCAGAAGGGGGUCUAGCAGCAUUUCAGAUCCCCCUAAAGCGAGAACCUUUUAAAGUGUAUAAACAGACUUGCCUUAUUUGAAUGGAACCCUGCCCACCUCCUACAGCCUCCCGGUAGCUCAAUGAUAACUGAGUUCUGAAAGUAGAUUAGCAUGGUGGGCUUUCUUGGCCUUGUCCCAAACAAAACCAAACAGUGAGGAUGAGCGACUGGAUUUUCAGUUCUUUAUUGGCAAAGCACAGUGGUGCCUCGCAAGACGAAAUUAAUUCGUUCCGCGAGUUUUUUCGUCUAGCGAAUUUUUCGUCUUGCGAAGCAUGGUUUCCCAUAGGAAUGCAUUGAAAUUCAAUUAAUGCGUUCCUAUGGUCAAAAAAAGUCCAAACAAAGCCAAAUUUGGUACAACAAUAGUUUAUUAACUGCUCUUUAAAGUCACACAUACUGUAAAGAGCAUUUCAAAAUUGAAGGAACAAUAAAUUAAGUUUCUAAACAUGACAGAAAAACAUUUAAAAAUCAACAAAGUGUACUGUACAUACAUUUUCUAAGACUCUGGGGGACCACUCGAAGAAGGUUCCUCUUCCUCUUCCACUCUUUGCUUCUUGCUGAGGAACCUGUCCAUGGUCUGCUGCUUCAUCCGCCUUUUCAGCAGCUCCCUGAGAGGCAACAUGACCGUCGUAUCAAAAGUGUUCGCUUGGUCAUGUGCCACGUGCUUGUUAGGGUGGUGCCGCUGUGCACUAGCCUGCACCUCCUUCCACUUCUGGCAAAUGUCCCUCAGUUCUUUGGAGGACAGCCGUUCCUCAGUUGCUUCCUCCUCUUCCAGCGAGGCCUGCUCCUGCGCAACCUCUGCCUGCAGUUCAACCAGCUCCUGGGUGGUCAGCUCGUGGUCGUGCUCCUCCACCAGCUCGCUGACGUCCUCCUCUGUGACCUCCAGGCCCAUGGUCCUCCCCAAGGCAACAAUGUCCUGCACCACUGUUGACUCUGGUGCAUCAGAGUCACUUGGUGCCACACAGUCCGGCCACAGGCUGCGCCAAGCGCAAUUCAAAUUUCUCUGGCUGAUCCCAUUCCAGGCCAUGGUGAUCAUCUUCAAGCAGGUGACGAUGUCGAAGUGGUCCUUCCAGAAUUCCCACAGGGUGAUGGUGGUGCAAUCAGUCACCUCGAAGCAUCGCCUGAAAAGCUCCUUGGUGUAGAGUUUUUUGAAAUUGGCGAUGACCUGCUGAUCCAUCGGCUGGAGCAGUGGCGUGGUGUUAGGCGGCAGGAACAUGAUUCUGAUGAAGCUGAACUCCUCCAACAAGUCCACCUCAAGGCCUUUAGGAUGAGCAGGAGCAUUGUCCAUCAGAAGCAAAGCCUUCAGCAGCAGGUCGUUGUCCAGCAGGUACUGUUUGACAGCAGGGCCAAAAGCAAGAUUGACCCAGUCCACAAACAGCACACGUGUGACCCAAGCCUUACUGUUGGAUCGCCACAUGACACUCAGCCGCUCCUUGUCGACCUUGUGUUUCUUGAAGGCCCGUGGGUUCUCCGAGUGGUACACCAGCAGGGGCUUGAUCUUCAGGUCGCCGCUGCGUUGGCACAGAAGAGCAGGGUCAGACGGUCCUUCAUGGGCUUGUGGCCAGGCAACUUGGCCUCCUCCUGUGUGAUGAAAGUCCUUUUGGGCAUCCUCUUCCAAAACAGCCCGGUCUCGUCGCAGUUGAAGACCUGCUGUGGAACGUAGCCCUCCGUCUUCACAGCCUCCAGGAACUCUGCUGCAAAGUCUUCAGCCGCAGGAACAUCAGAACUGGCAGCCUCUCCAUGCCUGACCACGCUGUGGAUUCCAGAUCUUGCCUUGAACCGGUCAAACCAGCCUCUGCUUGCCUUGAAGACUUCUGGCUCGCCUGAGGUUCCUGGCUGUUCCCGGAUGAGGUCUGCGUGCAAGGCCUUGGCCUUCUCACAAAUGACGGCCUCAGUCACUGUGUCCCCUGCACGCUGCUUCUCUUCUAACCAGAUGAGCAGCAACUUCUCGACCUCCUCCAGAACAGCUGGGCGGUUCUUCACGAUCCUGGUGACUCCCUUGGCUGCAUCAGUCGCAAGGAUCUUCUCCCUCAUCUUCAGGAUGGUCCCGAUGGUCGAUGGGUUCCUGCCGUACUCCCUGGCGAGGUCUGUCACACGCAUUCCACCGUCGUGCUUCCAGAUGAUCUCCUUCUUCAUUUCCAGCGUCACCUUCUCCUUCUUCCUCUCGCCGGCCUCCUCAGCAGCAGUCUUCUUGGGUCCCAUGGCAGCACAGCUCUUAGCUUCGUAAACUCAGAAAAAGAAAAAAAAAAAUCAGCAAUUCAAACCCAGAACCAAGUCCUUGAAUUCCAAACACCCAACCCAAAAUCCAAAAACCCCAAAAAACGUAUUAAAAGUUUAACUUACGAAAUGGCUGCAAAUCACCAAAGACUUCAAAAUCCUCAAAUGGCUGCAAAAGAAGAUUUGGGAAAGCUUUAAAAAUCACCAAAGUCUUCAAAAACCUCAACUGUUCCCCCAGCCCCUCCCCAACUGUUGCAAACCCCUCCCCAACUGUUCCCCCAGUUACCCAGCACACAGAAAUUCAAACGCAGAAAUUUUUUUUCAAAAAAACCCAACAUGGCCCAAUGGUCACAGAAAACCAUAAAAAUUCAAAAAAACCCACACAAGCUCCCAGAUUCUUGCAAACCCCUCCUCAACUGUUCCCCCAGCCACCCAGCACACAGAAAUUCAAAACCCAGAACUUUUUUUCAAAAAAAAAAACAUGGCCCAAUGGUCACAGAAAACCAUAAAAAUGCAGAAAAAACCACACAAGCUCCCAGAUUCUUGCAAACCCCUCCCCAGCUGUUCCCCCAGCCAGACAGCACACAGAAAUUCAAAACCCAGAAAUUUUUUUCAAAAAACAACAACAUGGCCCAAUGGUCACAGAAAACCAUAAAAAUUCAAAAAAAACCACACAAGCUCCCAGAUUCUUGCAAACCCCUCCCCAGCUGUUCCCCCAGCCACCCAGCACACAGAAAUUCAAAACCCAGAAAUUUUUUUCAAAAAAAAACAACAUGGCCCAAUGAUCACAGAAAACCAUAAAAAUUCAAAAAAAACCCACACAAGCUCCCAGAUUCUUGCAAACCCCUCCUCAACUGUUCCCCCAGCCACCCAGCACACAGAAAUUCAAACCCAGAAAUUUUUUUCAAAAAAAACCAACAUGGCCCAAUGGUCACAGAAAACCAUAAAAAUGCAGAAAAAAACCACACAAGCUCCCAGAUUCUUGCAAACCUCUCCCCAACACCAAGUCAUUGAAUUCUAAACACCCCAACCCAAAAUCCAAAAACCCCCAAAAAAGUUUUAAAAGUUUAACUUACCAAAUGGCUGCAAAAGAAGUUUUGGAAAAGCUUAAAAAAUUCAGCAAACUCUUUAAAAAGCUCAAAAAGGCCACCACACCGCGUGCUAUGUGUUGCUCCUCGAAGUCAAGUCGCAACUGCACCUCUUCAAGCAAUGCACCCUGGGUAUUAACGGUUUUAAGACAAAGGAAACAAACUUGCAAGACGUUUUUGUCUUGCGAAGCAAGCCCAUAGGGAAAUUCGUCUUGCGAAGCAGCUCAAAAAACGCAAAACUCUUUCGUCUCGCGAGCUUUUCGUCUUGCGAGGCGUUCGUCUUGCGGGGCACCACUGCAUUUGGUUCAUCAGCUCCUAACGUACAAGAAUACAACAACACUGCCCCGCUAACUAGCUGCUUAGCCACCUGCAACUAUGCUGGCAGCUUCUGUUUUGAUGGUAGAUGUUUAUACACCCACCAUGCCUUUUAAUCCAGGCCAGCAAGGGCCAUUUCAGCCAGGCAACAGCUCGCAAAGAGGGUAUGGAGCAGGUCUGAUGUGGCCUGAAGGGGUGGCAUCCUUGGGGCCAGAUAGAGAGGGCUACAUUUGGCUCUUGAGAAUGAGGUUCUCCAUCCCUGGUGUAGACCAUAUGGAGCUUAGGUGGACCAGUGCUCUGAUUCAUCAGGCAGCUUCCUAUGCUCUCAUGCUGCCCAAUACUCAGUACUUCCAGAUGAGUGGUAUGUGCAUUACAAUAUUAACAACUUCCAUGUGGUCCACAAUGCUGUCAGAAGCAUGCUUGUUCCCGAGAGGCACUGAUCUUUUACUCGUAGCUUCUAAAUGGGAAGAUACAGUCAGUCAUCCAUCUUGGCAGCCAAAGUCCAAUGCUGGAGGAAGGGAAGAAAAGGCCUGCCUUGGCAUGCUUGCCAGAGCUCCAACAGCUGCCCUAACACUGUGCUAUUCUUUCCAUCUAGCAGAAGUUCCAUCUUCACUGCCAGGACUUAGAAAGUAGCUCAAUACAGGGACCUUUUUGAUGGCAAUCAAAAAAAGCAAAAGAGCCCGAUGUAGCAGAUGGGCAGGAAUACAAUAUCUAGCAUCAGCAGCAGAUUGUGAAGACAUUGGCUGUUAAUUUGCAACACCAUGUUAUAUCUGCAUUAUUUAUUUUGAGCCCCUGACAGUGGAAGGCUAAAAAUGUUCUGCACAUAUGAAAUCGGUUUCAGGUUGAUCGGUUGCGGAGUGGCAUAGAGGCCAAUGGGUAUAUUGAGCAACAAGAUAAAACACCCAGGGGGGGCCACUUCUGACAAGUAGUUAGUCAUAUGUGAGCAUGAAAUAAACUCUGCAUGGAAGUAUCAUUAGAGAAGCUGAUUUGCUUCAUUUUUGCCAUGCUGAAAUCAUCCCAGAGAAAAAGAUGUAUUCUGACUUUCUACUCCAUGCCCACGCUUAGAUAUAUUACCUAAAUAGUACAGACACGUACUGAUUUUAAUAUUCCUUUUACGCCCUGGAAAUUUGAGCUAGGUGUCUCUUAAUAGAGCAUUGUAUCCAUCCUCACAAAGCUACAGGAAGGAACUGGUCAGCAGUGUGGGGGAAUUCCUGGUGAUUCCAUGUACCUUCCCUCAUCGGCUCUGGAGCAGACUUAGAAGUAUGUGGGAGGAAGGGGAAUAAACAGAAAUUUCCUACCUCCCCUGUUCUGUUGGCAGAUUCCUUCUGUCAGGGGACAGAAAACAUGGGAUACCACCCAUAAUUCCCAAGAUUCUUGGGAUGUUGCAAUAGUUAAGCUGUUAUAAAUUCUAUAUAUAAGCAUGCAGUAUGUUGAGUCACUUACCGGAAGAUAGGAUGACAUAAUUAGGGUAAGACCAGCUGCCUUCAGUUUUUGCCUGUGUUUUUCAACUGGUACACACAUAUUUUCAGAUGGACACCAUCUGUGUCCAUCACUGUGGUGAGAACUUUAAUGAUCCGUGUAAUAAUGAAGCAGUAAACUUAUUUCUGCUGGAAACGGACCUAAAAAGGCUGAUGAAAUAGUAAUUGUCUUAACUAGGCUGUGUAGUUGCAUAACAGCAGAAACGGAGAGGCUUAGACUUUACCCUAGCUGGUGGAAAAAAACAAAACAAAAUCCCACUAUCUUCAGUUAUAAUAGAAUGUCCAGGAUACAGGUGUGUAGAUAAGUGACAAGCAAGCUGUUUGUUCUAAAGACAAAUGUUCAAGUGAGGCAUAAGACUCUCUGAGCAGGUAUUCUUUAUGUAUUUCUUCUAUCUGUACACACAGAAUAAGAAGAUAGGAAGCUGUCUUAUGCUGAGUUGGACCAUUUGCCCAUCUAGCUCUGACUGGCAGCUAUUCUCUCUUUUUUUUAAUCGUUUUUAUUGAUUUUCCAAUAAAAUACAUCCAAUUAAAUAUCGAGUCAUAAUACUUCAAUGAAAAUAAAGUCUCUAGGACUUUAGUCAAAUUUGUUUUUCCUGCCUUGUCAGGAGAUGUUGGGGAUAGAACCUGCGAUCUUCUGCAUGCAAAGCAGUUAUUCUACUUCUGGACUUAGGCUCUUCUCCCAAUCAGCUUAGGCAACCCUUUGUUGGAGUCCUGCUGAAUACUAUCCUGGUGGUGGUAGCCCUCCUCCAUACACCUGCUUUUUUGUGUUUCCCAAUUGCAAGUGGGGCUAGUUGCAGCAAGUGGGUAAAAUGCCAUUAGGGGUGGGUGUAGCUUGCCUUCAGGAGAUCCUGGGCUCAGUCCCUAACAUCUUUUAUUUCAGAAGUUCAGGUAUCAGGGAAUAUGGUAGACCCUGGACAGGCACUGCACGUCAGAGUAGACCACACUGGACUAGUUUGACUUGGUAUAAGAAAGCUCAUACCAAUAACAAACUUAGUUGGUCUCUAAGGUGCUACUGGAAGGAAUUUUUUUAUUUGGUAUAAGAUGUUUUCCUAUGGAAUCAAAAGUGGUUCUUCCCACUUUCUCAGAAAGCCCCACUUAUUUUGUGUGUGUUCUUUCACCUACUGCCAUAAGUUUUCUAGUAUAGAAAAAGUGCUGCCCCACACUUAAAAAGGACAGCACUGGCCAUGAUUUUAAAAGUCUAACGACCUGUGAAUCCAGAGGAUUGCUGAGCUGUUAAGCUAGUUUUACAAAUGUCACCACAUUUAUUAGUGCCUCAUUAUGAAUUGUCUGCUUGCCUUCCAAAUGAGUAAAAUCCUCAAUGUGUUUACAUUUUUGCUUUGUUUUUGUUUUUUAGUAGAGGGCAAUCAAUGACUCCUGGUUAAGAAGGCUUCUGAUAUCUGUUGCCUGCAGGCAUUGCCCAUGGGAGAGUAACAGUUAAGAGUGUUAAGGAGUUGUCCUCUUGGUGGGAUGGAAUGAGAAAUGGGGAGGUACACAGCUUAGCUGUCACUAAUGUCCUCAUCAUGCAUUAAUGGACCAGGUUCAUUGAUUUCAUUUGGCAAUGAUGGGAAUUCCUACAUGUUGAUGCCGUGGGGAGAUGUUGCUGAUACUGGGCUAGAUGGACCAUUUGGUGUGACAGUUCUUUUAUAAGCUCAGACAGCAUCCAGUCUAGCAGAACGAAUAUGACCUACAUUCCAUUGGAAGGCCAGAAGCAGCGAGCCAAGUAGGAUGGUUGUGCUAAUUUCAACAACAAAAUGGGUGGCCCAGAUAGGAUCCGUGUUUGAAUAUGUUUAUUUAGCAAACAGAGCUUCAUCUAUGCCCUUGCCCUCCAUGCCCAUGAAACUGUAUCUCCCUCAGAUGUUCUCUCAGAAGCUUCAAUAAAAAGGAAUCUUUCUGACAGCUGUGCAAUCAUACUGGGUUUCAUUGACUUUCCAGUGAAUGAAGUUUGGGAUGACAGUUCGGUUGCACAUCUGGUUUAAUCCUUUUAUCUUUUCCCAUUCCUAAAUAACAAAGAUUGCAGCAAUGCAAAUGAAAAGAGUAGAAAGUGCUGCGUUUAUGGCUUCAUUUGUGCACAACUGAUGAUUCACAACAGAACUACCUGGGAUAGCUCAGUUGGUAGAGCAUGGGACUGUUGAUCUCAGGGUCAUGGGUUUGAGACCCACAUUGGAUGAAAGAUUCUUGCAUUGUAGUGGUUUGGAAUAGAUUACCUUUGUGGCCCCUUCCAACUCUAUAAUUCUAAGUCUCUCUUCCUCUGUUCUUCUUUCCAAGGUACUCUAUUAUAAUUCUGAUCAUCAGUCUGUACACUCCCUUAGUUUACAUUUCAUGCCAUUGAGUCUUUUGUGUAUGUGACUGUUUUGGUUUGUUUCUGGCUAUUUGGGUCCCCCCCCCCACUUUGCCCAGGGCCCUUUUCUAAUUAAUAUAUUCUAAUUAUUCUUCCUGUUAAGAUCUUCCCUUUGUGUAUGUGUGGUGCUGUUUUUGGUUCAGCUCUGUGAGCAGAUUCAAAUCAAAAUGGAGCAAAUCAUCAGACUUGGGAGUUCUGAUUAUAUAAUUUCCUGCUUAAAAUGAUAUUGAAAAUUAAUACAUGAAAAACGAUUGACCGCUCUGUUUAUUUUCUUUUUAAAUUUUAAACCAAUGAGAAAUAAACACAAUUCAAUUCAUUCUAAAACUUGGUUGUUCAUAUGCCAUUUUAGGACCAAGCAAAUUAAAUGAAAGCUACAGUGGGAAUUCCUUGACUGUCAGCUGUUUCAUUCCUUAAAGAGGAAUCUUCUAUAUAAGGUGCAUAAGCCCUUUGUUAGGGCUAUCACAGAUACCCUAAAGCUCUUAGGGGUAUUAUUCAGCUGAUAGAUCACGCGUUCCCUCUGAAUCAUUUUGCAUUUCAUAUAGAAGAGGCGGCAGAGAUUCCCACCCCCGGAAAAAUGCUGUAGGUUCUGAAACAUUAUUAGAGGAUAAUAUCAUUACUGUGCACAUCCUCUGUUAAUUUCCUGAGUACUUCCUCCAUGUGAAUUUAUUUUGUCUCAUAUAAAACGGUAUCGCACACGCACGCACACAACCUUGCUUAAAGGUAUAUUCACACUCCUUGCUUAAAACCCUAUUUGGUCACUGAUCAUUAAUUUUUUUGCCACUGCUGAUAGGUCAUCUGCAGAAGGCUUCAGUUUUGUAAUCCUUUGAAAGCCUCUAACAGAGAGCUGAGAGCUGGGAAGGAAAAUAGCUUGGAAAUGAUGGGUUCAGGGACAGUUUGAUGACACAGAAAGGCAGGGGUAGGGAGCCAUGUUUGGGCUACCAUUUCCAUGAUUCCUGACCACCCACCAUGCUAGUUGGGGCUCAUUGGUUUAACAACACUUGAGCUGUCACAGGUUCCCCAUCCUAGCAAAAGGGUGGGAUGGAGGAGAAACAAGCUCUUUUCUUGCAUUUACUAGGUCUCUUGACAUACAUUAAUUGAGGAGCCAAUCCUAUGCACAUUUACCAGGGAGCAAACCCGCUGGGCAUAGUAAGACUUGAGUCAGAGGACUGGGCUAUAAAAUGCAUAACCAUUGCCUGUCUGCUUUGCUUUAACUACAGUGGUACCUCGGGUUAAGUACUUAAUUCGUUCUGGAGGUCCGUUCUUAACCUGAAACUGUUCUUAACCUGAAGCACCACUUUAGCUAAUGGGGCCUCCUGCUGCUGCCACACCACCGGAGCACGAUUUCUGUUCUCAUCCUGAAGUAACGUUCUUAAUCCGAGGUACUAUUUCUGGGUUAGCGGAGUCUGUAACCUGAAGCGUAUGUAACCUGAAGCGUAUGUAACCCGAGGUACCACUGUAUUUCCAUGCAACGUUGUCUGAUUUAAUCACUUAAGGAUGGAUAUAGUCAUGUGCUGGAUUGAAAUUAAUACCUCUAUGUUUGAAAACCUCUACAUAAAAUUCAAAUAAUGUAGGGAAGAGCAUUACAGCCUCCUGUAUCUUCAUCCUUGAUUUUAUUUGAAGCUGCCUUAUAUUCGUUGAUCCAACUAGUGUCAUAUUGUUUACUCUUGACAGGAGUCCUCCAGAGCCUUGGGGCACAUCAAGGUCUUUCCCAGUCCUGCUUUUUAAUUGUUUGUUUAUAUCCCUUAAGGCAGGGGUCAGCAAACUUUUUCAGCAGGGGGCCAGUCCACUGUCCCUCAGACCUUGUGGGGGACCAGACUAUAUUUUGAAAAGAAAAAAAGAAUGAAUUCCUAUGCCCCACAAAUCACCCAGAGAUGCAUUUUAAAUAAAAGCACACAUUCUACUGAUGUAAAAACAUGCUGAUUCCCAGCGUCUGCGGGCCGGAUUGAGAAGGUGAUUGAGCUGGAUCCGGCCCCUGAGCCUUAGUUUGCCUACCCAUGCCUUAAGGUAAAAGAGGUGUGUAUAUCCAUGCAAAUUAACUGUGAAAGAUCCCAGGUCCUGUUCCUUGCCCAUUCUUCACUUAUGGCCUUGCCAUCUAAGCAGUGUGUCUCACUGAUUCCCCCUCUAUCUCUGACUGGAUUUGGGACAAAGAAAUAAAUCCACAAAACAAACCUCUAAAUCUGGUCCAGAAUAUAGUAUUGCAUGUCAUUUUAACAUACAUAUGCAGAACAAGACAACAUGUAUUUAAAUACACUGCAAAGUUUUGAUGCAGUAUCUUUGUGUGCAUAACGAUAGUAUAUAGUAUGUGGCUUACCCAAAUCUGACUUUUUUCAUGUGACCACUUAAAGUGAUAACUCAUACUUGCUUUGUCACUGAAGCAUGUAUAUUGUUUGACAGGUACAUUCAUUGAGCUCUAUCUGGGGCAGCUGACUUGGGACAUCAAGGCAACCAAACCUUCAUAUGCAUGUAGUAAUUGAAAUUACUUGUAUGAGAAGCGUAGUUCUGAAAAUCAGCUUGUUUGGAAACUGUGUGUUAGUAUGACCUGGGUCAUAUUAAAGAACUAAAUUGUCUUUCCACAUUCUCACUAGGGUCUACUUCAUAUUUCUACAGGGAUGCUCUCUGGAAAUAUUUGGAAAGCUGUUUCCUUAAUGGUUCUGUUUCAAGCUUACACUGUUCAAUUUCAGCUCUUUAUAGCUGCUUUGAAAGCUCCUGAUGUAAGAAUACUUGCCAUAAAGAAGCACUAAUAUCUGAAAAUGCAUCUGUUUCCUUUUGCAGAUGUCAUGAUAUCUCAGCUGGGACCAGUAAGAAUGGACAAAUGUUUAGUGUGUUGCACUAAAGCAAGAAUUGAUACAAGCAUCCUUUCUUAUCUGUACAGCAGGUCCCACCAGGUUCUAUUUCAAUAAAAGGAGAAGUGGUGAUCCAAGUCAGAUGAUAGCAACUGCUAUUUUUAAAAGAGAUUGAGUAAGAAGUCAAAUGAUGUACCUGCUGGAUCAUAGUGUUGAUUACUGAACCAACUCGCUGACUUUCAAGUCCUUCGGGGCGUGUGGUUUAUUUUCCUCGAAUUUCAAGCCAACUCCAGCAAAUGAACAUGUUUGUUCUUUCUUUUUAAUAAGUAAAUACGUUCUGCAAUUUAAAUGUUCAGUACAAAUUAGCUGGCAUGUCAUGGCUCUCACCCAAAUCUGUAGUUGGAAGGUCUAUAAAGUUUCAGUGACCCAUGUUUGGCCGAAGCGCUGUUUGGGGUGGGGCAUGGAAUGGAGGAAUUGGUCUUCUAGCUGGUAGAGGCUCACCUGAAUCUCGGGCAGAAGUAUUUCACAAAUUUACUAUGUGAUCCUUUUAAUGACAGGAACUGAAGCUGGGAUCUUAUACAUAUGAAGCAUGUGCUCUGUGUUCCCUCCCCAACUUGGGUCAUGAAAGACAUGGUAUUGUACAAAUUAAAGGAGUUGUGGCACUUCUAAUGCUUAAACAUGUUUUAGCGUACAGUAUUUCCAACACAACCAUAAUCUUCCAAGUGCAAAGUGUUCAUAAUAAAAUGUCUGCAUGUUCUGGUUAUUUUCUUAGAGAUCACUUCUGCCAAUGGCAGGCAAGCUUUAUUUCUAGUUGUCCAAACUCUUAAGCAUAUUGUUUGGUGUUUGAGACAGCCUAAGUUAGGUAAGCAUAAAGGUAGAAGCAACAGCACAAUUAUCUAUAUGUCUACUCAGAGAUAAGUCCCACUGAGCUCUGUGGGUCUUUCUUCCAGGAAUAUGGACAUAGGGUUGUAGUUGAAGAAAUCUCAUGAAUUUAUAAAAGACUUGUAUCUUUUUAUUAUAUUUAAAUUACAUUAGUCUCCUCACACGAUAAUUAUGUAUGAGGCUUUUAGGAAACCCUAGGCAAUUCACUUAUUGUAAAUGGUUUGUUUUUCUUUGGGGGGAAAUAUUUUAAAAUCUAGGACUUCCAGCUAAUGCAGUUACAUGAAAAAUUAAAUGUGUUUUUAUGGGAUCUUCAUAGAUCUUAAAGGCUUUCUGUUUCCUUAGAGAAAAUGAAAACUUCUAGUGAGAGGACUUGUUUCCUCAUUUUCUUUCCAGGUACUGGGCUGUAUUUAUCCAUACAGAGUGUCCUCUGCGCUUUCUUUGGCACUUCUUGGAAGUGUAGGUUAUGAUCUGGAAGAAGCAGAAACAACAUGGCAUAGGGCACCCCAAACAAAGCAUACACCUUGGUUUCUAGAUCUGUCAAGUUAAAGACUGAGCUGAGAUUUGAACUAAGAGUUUCCCAGAUCCUGCUUUUAGCUGCUGUAUUACACGGGUUCUUUGCCUGGGUAGAACUAAAAUGAAGUAGUCACUUUAACUAUGGAAUUUCCUAAGAGGGGGCAGUGUGCCCAUCAGUACCUCCAUGAUGUCCAUGCAAAUGUCUCCAUAAGUAUCCCCACAUCUAUCAAGCAGAAGAGAGUGUUUCUUCUUCCUGUUCAUUUCCUGCUUGACAUCCAAGAUAUCUAUUUUUAGGAUCCACCCUAUUCUUCUAAUGAUAAAGUGUUUUAACUGGUUUUAUUUAUGUAUUUUUACAUUGUUGUCACCCACCCUGGGACCUUAUGAUGAUGCAGAUUAAUGGCAGGUACAUCUAAAUCAUCAUCCUAAAACACAGACAGCAGUGCAUCCAUUAACGCAGGCAUCCCCAACCUUCAGACCUCCAGAUGUUUUGGACUACAAUUCCCAUCAUCCCUGACCACUGGUCCUGUUAGCUAGUGAUCAUGGGAGUUGUAGGCCAAAACAUCUGGAGGGCCACAGGUUGGAGAUGCCUGCAUUAACAAAACAGUAUAAUCAUUAGUAUAAUAAAAAGGGCAAAGUUCAGAAAAUAGUCUUACUAAUUCUGCCAUCCGCCAUAUACAAGUGACUCUUUAGCUUAAUUGACUAAAUAUGACAUAAUGCCAUCAUUAUCAGUCGUCCAGCAAACAUACUGCAAUCAGCAAAGCAAGAUGCAGUUUUCUGUGGUGCAUGAGAACAGGCUUUGUAAUAAGCUUUUUGCAUUAACAGAUUGCUGUAAGUCAGCAGCCUGGCAGGGAAUAAUUAGUGAACAACAUUGGAGUGAUGUGAAAUUAGCACCAAGAGCCCAGUUAUCAUUUGUUUUUGAGGAGUGGCUUGCUGCAGCUGGUCUUUUGCCCAAUUACUCAGAGGCUUUGCACAUGAGUCUCGGAAAUCAUCCCUGGAUAAAGGGAUCAGACAAAUAUCAAAUGGUAAAUAUGUUUACAUGGAAGGAAGGAUCAAAGUAUGAAAUUUUGAUACAGGAAAUUGUCUGAUCAUCGAAUCCAGAGCAAUUGUUCCUACAGUUGUCAGCCCAACUUUGUUUGACUUGCAUUUUGUUUAUUUGCAAAAGCUUUUCUCUUUCACUGCUAAUUUAUUUAUUUUUUAAGUAGGAUAAACAGAACAUUAAGUUCUCACUUACCAUUGUGUCUACCUUCUAGUGAGAUGGCAGUCUACUAUGGAACCUUUGAAAAAUCUUUCCUCCCUCUUGUCCCUCUCUCUGCCACCUUGCACCUGUUAUGUCCUUUCACAGUCAAAUUAUCUGCAGUAUUUGUGUUAUUAUUAAUAAUAUUAUUAUUAUUAAUAUAAUGUGUGUUAGUCACUUUAUCUUGCCCAGGGCAACCCAAAGUGGCUUACAGCCAAACAAACAGACAACAAACCCCAUAUAGAUACAUUAAAACCAAGAGGAAAGAGAAAUAGAAACAGGGAGCCACUGCAGGAAACACAUAUACUGCAGAUACAGUACAGUGGUACCUCAGGUUACAGACGCUUCAGGUUACAGACUCCGCUAACCCAGAAAUAGUACCUUGGGUUAAGAACUUUGCAUCAGGAUGAGAACAGAAAUUGUGUGGCAGCGGGAGGCCCCAUUAGGUAAAGUGGUACCUCAGGUUAAAAACAGUUUCAGGUUACGAACGGACCUCCAGAACGAAUUAAGUUCAUAACCCGAGGUAUCACUGUAUUGGGAAGAAGCUUUGAACAGCUUCAGGGUGCCACUCAAACUCCUCUCCUCUCCAGCUGCCUAUCAAAGCCUCAGUGAAUAAUUUGAGUGGGACAGAGGGCAGUUUCCCCUGUCCCUUCUAGGAAGCUUUUGUUCACUGGCUCCAAAGAACAUAGGUUUUCCCAGUGUUGUUUUGGCCUUGCCUGCUUCACCUAUGAAUCUGAUAGCUUUGUAAGUCAGUGGUGUGGAAACACAGGCCCUGGGCCCCAAAUGUAGACCUACUUGACCCUCAGGACACUCUCCUCAGGCUGCACUCUUUCCAGGCCUGGCUUUCCCCCCUCCGCAAGCCUUUUUUAAUUUUUGCCUUGCAUCAUAUUUCAAACUGGUGUUUUAGGGAGGCUUCCUAUUGCUGUAAGUGAAUUGCAGCCACGCCAGUUCAUCUGCCCUUUUUCUUUCUCUUUAAUAAUGGCUAUCCAUGUAGGAUGCCCCAUUGGGUGAGUUCAAUGGAGUUCAUUGGUUCAGUGGAGACGGCACUUCUUUCUUGGAUCAGAUGUCAUUUGAAAGGAGCCAGAAGUGUGCUUUCCCCACUUUUCCUGUGCUCCCUUAGCUUCCUAGGAGGCUCUAGACAGGGAUGGGGAACAGUGGUCUUCCAGUUGUUGUUGGAGUCCAACUCCAUCGUCUCUUGCUGGGAAAGCUGGCUGGGAGUUGCUAUCCAACAAUAUAUGGAAGGCUGCAGGUUCCCCACCCCUGCUGAAAGAUGCAUUCGGGUGAUGGAGGGAAAGGGUUAUUGGGGAGAUCAGCAAGGGUCUCCCUCCUCCCUGUCACCUAGCUUUUAAAACUUUGCAAGGGACAGCAUACCACUCCUUUCCCCUAAGAGGGGUUUGUAGUUUUCCAAAGGGCCACCAUGUCUUUCAUCAUGGUGCUUUAUUCUCAUCCCAAAUGACACUAUCCAGGCCCAAGGCAGUCUGGGAAGGGGAAACAAAAUGGUGGCUGGAGACACCAAAGAAGAACAACUUUGCCAGCUUGGUUAUGGCCAUUGCCACUUCUAUAGGCAGCAGCAAAGAAGGAAAGAGAAAGAAAGAAAGAAAGAAAGAAAGAAAGAAAGAAAGAAAGAAAGAAAGAAAGGCCCGCUACCACCGUCCUAUCUCUUUCUAUCAUUAGCCCAAAGGUGAUGAAUUUAGGCACACAUUAGUAUGAUAGGACCAAAUAAUCAGGGUAUUAUUUUACCUCGGCCCUAGAAUGAGGUCUGUUAGCUAUAUGUGUUGCGGAGAUGUGAGGGAAGCUAGAAAUAAGUUUAUUGAGAAACGUUUUCUCUGCUGUUGUGUUAGUGUGUGUGUAGCUUUGUUUUAAUGAAUUUUUGAGCCUUAUGUUAGAUCUUGUUUACAGCAUUAACGUUAGUGUAUCAUUGUUCGGGCUGAUGGCCCUGCCGCAUGCCAUUCUCGGAAGUUCUGUCGGUGUGAAGCCCUGUGUGGAUAAACUGCUCAGAGACAUUCGAUAUGGCUAUAUUUAGCCCGUAUAAAAUGUUGUACCUAAUCCCCUUCCGCCAGCUUCUCAAAUAACGGUUCACUUGGCUCCAGGAAGGCUCAUGUAACUAUUUGUCUCUUGUCUGAUCGAAAGGAAGACUGGGGGCCGGCGGGGGGGUGGGGGAGACACAAGUAAAGAGGCUAAAAAUAAGCAAAUGCCUGUUGUUAGCAGGCUUAUUUUAGGUGUAUGAUUCCGUUUGAAAGCAGGAAAGACAUGGAGGCUGAGGGGGCUGGGAUAGCGAUGGACGUGAAUCAUUAUUUCAGAUCUCCUCAUUCAACCAUGAAUUUGGAAUUGAUAUAAAGGAGUCUUCCUCAACCUGGAGCCCUCCAACAGACUCCAACCAAUGUUCCCUUCUUUCUAGUUGAGAACCUCGAACCUCAGGCUGGUCAGAUAAACCAGACACUCUGGGUAGACAAUAUUGUGCCUUCCAGAUGUUGUGCAACUGCAGAAGCAGCUGAUGCAGCACCAGUCUAAUGUGCUUUGGCUGACCCAUUAGCAAAUGAUGGACAGCCAUGGCGUUUUUCACCAGCUAAUGUUUCUAAACCAUUUUUGAUGAUGUUAAUUAAUAGAUUAACAUCAUUUUUAGAUCAGCUUAUUUUAACCUGGUGCCCUUCAGCUCCCACUACCCUUGAGCUUUGGCCAUGCUAGCAGGUGCUGACAGGAUCUGGUGUUCAACAAAACCUGAAGGGACACAGGUUAGCUAUCCCUUCCCCAAAGCCUUCCAUGAUACAAGGUGUGAAAUUGUCUUACCAGUUGUACAAAUCAUCUAAUGAUUCCAUAUUUGUCUCCUUGCUUCAUGCCCUCCUAUUAUCCCUAAUGUAGCUUUUGAUUUUCUUUGUUUUUUCUUAGGUACUGCUAUGUGGAUACUGGUUAGCAAUGACUGAUGUGGAAUCUACAUAUGCAGAUUUCAUUGCUUCUGGGAGAACCGGGAGAAGAAAUGCCCUUCAUGAUAUCCUUGUGUCCUCUGCAAGUGGAAAUUCUAGUGAACUAUCCUUGAAGUUAUCAGAACUUGAUAUAAACAAAACUGGUAAGUACUAAUCUAAAAGGUUAAGAGAAAAAUCAUUAAUAAGUCUGCAAGGGACAUCAUUUACGGAAACAACAUGCUGGGCUUUAGUGGCUUUUCACAUUUAUUGUUAUUAAUUUAUUUACUUUUUAAAAAAAUUAAAUGUCUUACCUGCUCUUCUCCUUAAGGUUCCAAAGCAGGCUACAAAAAUUUAAAAUUCAGUGUUAAAAAUUAGUCUUUAGCUGGUUUGUAUAUGAGGGCAUUUUAUGUACUUCUAUCUAGUGCAAGGCCAUAGCAGAAUAGUAGACUAGUUCAUGAAAUAUGUUGCUGUAUAAAAAGGACAUCUCUGCUUUUUUGAGUUAAUGCAGGCUACCACAACCCACCUACAAUAUGCUAACUUCCCCCUUCAAAAACAGAUGGAUUGUCAUUUAGCCUUUUAUGUGGCUGGUUAGUUUUGGCCAAGCUGGUGGGCCUAUAUUAGAGAAAUGUAUAAUAAAAAUGUGCUUUGAGGAGUCCAGUUGAUAACCCUGGGUUACCAGCUAAGGCUAAACCCACACCAUCCAUUUAAAACACUAUUAUACCACUUCAAACAGUACACCCAUGUACAGCUUGCUAAGAGUUGUUGGGAGACCCCUAUUCCUUUCACAGACCCUACAGUUCCCAAACAACUCUCAGCACUCAUUACAAACUAUAUCUCCCAGGAUUCUUUGGGGAAGCCAUAUCUAAUAGAUAUGUAUACAACUUUAUAUGUAUGUUGUAUACAACUAGUAUACAGCUUUAAUAUUGUAUACUAGUAUUUUAAAUGUAUGGUGCAGUUGUGGCCUACCGCAUCCCAACAGUGCAAGGAUUUCUGUCUGUUAUUUCCUUCCUCUCCUCUCUCCUCUCAUGCUCUCUCCAGAUCUGCUUUGGAGGGUUGGGAGAACCCCCAGAACAGAUUUCGGGGACACACAGGGGGAGGGGUGGAGUUGCAUUGCGCAAGCGGAUUCCCUUGCACUGAUGGAAGGAGUUAGUCGGAUACCACUCAGUCUUUCCAGAUUCUACGAAGGAAGUUCUCUUCCCCCACCCCAAUAUCUCCACAAUGGACAUGAGCUCUGUAAUACAGAGAAAGUUUCAUGGUGUUAAUAAGAACCACUUAAGUCUGUCUGCUGAGCACAGGAUUGGGGAAACUGUUGUUGUGCAGAAUGUCACUGAUUCUUCUCAUCGCUGACGACUGGCCAUGUUGGCUUGAGCUGAUGGGAGACGGUCUCCAACAACACCUUAGCAACUCAGAACCAUCUACCAUGAAGCUAACAUACCCCAGGAAAUCCUACCCGCAGAGCAAUGAUUUGGCUUUCUGGAAAUUUUUGCAUUGGAAAUUUGCAUCAGAAUUUCCUUUUAGUUUUCGAUUUCCUGAUACCCUAGAGAGCGAUCCAAUUUGGCAUGUUUAUUUUGCUUGUAUUUAGCAAACACAGCUAAAAACUGUGAAACUGCCAAGCUUGCCUAAUACUGUAUUUGCAGUUGGCAUCCACUGAUUGCUACUAAUGAACUUAUGAAAGAGAUUUUCCUUUUUACAUUUUCCAUCCACAUCACUGCAGCAGAGUAGCCUUGUAAUUACAGUGGGGACAAUACUUGUCGGGUCCUGGGUUUAUUUGGCCACUUGCUCCAUGGGGACUCUCUAGGUAAGAAGGCAUGUACAGGGAGCAAAGGGCAAACGCCUUCCCUUUCAUGCCAUUCUCGCAUGCCUCUGCGAGGUUUCUAUACUCUUAGGUACCAUAAAGAGGAAUGCAGAGGUGUGAGGCAACCCUCCCCGCGCUCAAGGGACAGAGCUGCAGCAGGGAAUAAAAUGACAUUUUAUUUCUAUCUGCUAUUUCCCAUGUGUGGGGGUGCGAAUAUUGGCUGUGUUACUGUGUCUGAAAAAACUUGUUUCUAUUAAACUGACACAAGUUAUGACAGCUCUACCUAAGCAUGGAAUUUCUUGGUGUAAUAAAGGUUGUAUGGGAAGUGGCUGAAACCACCUCCCAGUUCCUGGGAACAGCUUGCGGAAAGAUCCACUAGUGAAUAUUUGCAGAGUGGUUGGAAUGUGAGCGCAAAAGAGAAUUUGUCCCUCCUAUGGGAUUCCAUUUGCCAUAACAUAAAUGCCAUGUUCUUAAUUUUUCUGAAUGGUACUGGAAAAAAGCCAAGGGUUUUCCCAUCACUCCUUUGAUGCCAGGGUGGUGUAGUGGUUAAGAGUGGUGGACUCGUAAUCUGGUGAACCGGGUUCGCGUCUCCGCUCCUCCACAUGCAGCUGCUGGGUGACCUUGGGCUAGUCACACUUCUCUGAAGUCUCUCAGCCCCACUCACCUCACAGAGUGUUUGUUGUGGGGGAGGAAGGGAAAGGAGAAUCUUAGCGGCUUUGAGACUCCUUAGGGCAGUGAUAAAGCGGGAUAUCAAAUCCAAACUCCUCCUCCUCCUCCUCUUCUUCUUCUUCUUCUUCUUCUUUUAAAUAAUAAUAAUUCUAGCAGCUAAAUACAAUAAGCUGGAUGGCACACACAGUUGCAUGAGUGUAUGGACCUUCACAGUUAUAACAUGACAUAAUGCUUACGUCUCAAGCAAUGUACAUCCAAGUGUGAAGUACAUCACGUGUUUCUAUAUACCCCCAGAACUUCCAUUCUUCUUUAUGUACUCUAAAUUAGCUAGUUACCAGGCACAUUUCUAAAACUAAUUGACUAUUAAAGAAGCCAAACCAAACACCCACCCAUGUCUUUCAGUGCCAUGGAAUUUGCAGGCUUAAACUAGAUUGGUCUGGAGCAUGAGUAGGCGAACUAAGGCCCGGGGGCUGGAUCCGGCCCAAUCGCCUUCUAAAUCCGGCCUGUCGACGGUUCGGGAACCAGCGUGUUUUUACAUGAGUAGAAUGUGUCCUUUUAUUUAAAAUGCAUCUCUGGGUUAUUUGUGGGGCAUAGGAAUUUGUUCAUUCCCCCCCCCCAAAAAAAUAUAGUCUGGCCCCCACAAGGUCUGAGGGACAGUGGACCGGCCCCCUGCUGAAAAAGUUUGCUAGCCCCUGGUCUGGAGGGUAGGACCCGUACCAACAACUUCAAGUUUCAAGAAAGGAGAUUCCAGCUGAACACCAGGAAGAACUUUGGCAGCAAGAGCUGUUCAACAGUGGAACGGACUCCCUCAGGAGGAUGCGGACUCCCCGUCCUCGGAGGUUUUUAAGCAGAGGUUGGGUGCCCAUCUGUCAUGGAUGCUUUAGCUGAGAUUCCUGCAUUGCAAGGGGUUGGACUAGAUUACCCUUGGAGGAUCCUGUCCAACUCUAUGAUUAUGUGGUCUGGAUGCUAUUUCACCACUGCUUAACUUUUUCUUUCUCUUGCAGAAGGGGAAGGAGAUGCACAGAGAAAUCCCACUGAGCAAACUGGGGAAGCCCAGGGGGAAACAGCAAAGCAAGAAAGUUGA